AUGUUGGGGAAAGCGACAGCCAGAGUCGCCGUCGCACCACCUCUCAUAGGAGAGCACAGAGGUAGGCCAGGGAUAUCCUACCCCCAUGUGACUUGCUGACGUUACAGUAGAGCUCUACUAAAGAGGAAUGCACUGAAUGAAUGCUGAUUGCUGCUUAAGGAGGGAUCCACAGUGCCGCUGACGUCCAAGUCGAGGAAGUCCGAAGUUUAGUUUUCAGCUGGUUUACUUGUUUGAUUCACAUAUUUCUUUCAGAUCACGACUACCGUUGGCCGACUCACGAUGUCCGGCGAUCAUCACAAUGACAAGGAGGUAGGCUGAUAGGGAAAACUGUACUCUAAGUUAUGAAUGCAACUAGCGAUUUCUACAUGGAUUCCAUGGAAGUUUGUUGUAGCCAAGUCUGUAAAACAUACAUACCCUUGUCUGACGUUAGAUUGUAUAAAGUUACAAUGGAAAAAAAAAAGUAUGAUGUUUUUCCUUUUACUUGAAAGUAAGAUAUUUUGCUGUUUUUCUUGGUGGAAUAAAACUUUCCCGGCGGCGACACAGCGGUCUAGACCUCGAAGUGGGUCUAGUCUUGGCCGGGCCCGUCUUAAUACUGCAGCCCUUUCUUUCGUAUCGCAUUCCACAAUAUUAAAAACCAAUAGAUUAUAUAUUUCAACACCUGGUCUUGUUCAAAAGUUUUAGUUUUUUAACAGUUUCCUUCGUUUUUACAAGAGACUGUAUGUAUUGUAUGGUGUUACAUUGUAUCCAGUCCAUGUUAGUAGUGUGUAAGGGCAAUAAUGUAACAUUAUGCAUGUCACUUUCUAUAUUUGAAUGACGACAGUUUAUUGAUAUGCCCUCCUUCCAUAACUCAGUGUUGGCAAUUUUUUUGGGGGGUGGGUUACAACACUUUCGUUUAUACUGAACAAAAAUAUAUACUGAACAAAAAACAUGAAACAAUUUCAAAGAUUUUGCUGUUACAGUUCAUAUAAGGAAAUCUGUCAAUUGAAGUAAAUUCAUUCACGCAGGUGAAGAAGCCUGAUGUUGGAGGCAGUUUACAGUAGAGAAAUGAACAUUCAAAACUCUGGUGGACAUUCCUGCAGUCAGCAUGCCAAUUGCACACUCCCUCAAAGCUUGAGACAUUGUGUUGUGUGACAAAACUGCAGUGGUAUUUUUAUUGUCCCCAGCACAAGGUGCACCUGUGUAAUGAUCAUGCUGUUUAAUCAGCUUCUUGAUAUGCCACACCUGUCAGGUGGAUGUAUUUUCUUGGCAAAGGAGAAAUGCUCACUAACAGGGAUGUAAACACAUUAGUGCACAGAAUUUGAGGAAUAAGCUUUUUGUGUGUAUGGAACAUUUUCUGGGAUCUUUUAUUUCAGCUCAUGAAACAUGGGACCAACACUUUACAUGUUGUGUUGUUGUUCAGUGUAUUUUAAAAAGCAAAGAUAAUACUGUUCCUGAAAACAAGCGACACUGGUUUCAAUAGCAUUGUUACCACUCUAGUGUUCUGCCUGUAUGCAAGGCAAUACGUUAAUGUCUUUCUUGCCAGUGGCUGUUAUGGGAAACUACUAGGUUAACCUCUGAGUAUCUUUUAUUUUGAUACAUGGGGGGGAAAAAAAGACCAGCAUUCAUUUGGAUAUACACUGAGUAUACAAAACAUUAGGAACACCUUCCUAAUAUUGAGUUGUACCCCCCUUCAAUGCUUCCCAGAGUUGUCAAGUUGGCUGGAUGUCCUUUGGGUGGUGGACCAUUCUUGAUGCACACGGAAAACUGUUGAGCGUGAAAAACCCAGCAGCGUUGCAUCCGGCACCGACUACCACACCCCGUUCAAAGGCACUUAAAUGUGUUGUCCUGCCCAUUCACCCUCUGAAUGGUACACAAUCCAUGUCUCAAUUGUCGCAAGGCUUAAAAAUCCUUAUUUAACCGGUCUCCUCCCCUUCAUCUACACUGAUUUGAAGUGGAUUUAACAAGUGACAUCAAUAAGGGAUCAUAGCUUUCACCUGGUCAGUGUCUGUCAUGGAAAGAGAAGUUGUUCUUAAUGUUUUGUCCACUCAGUGGAAUUUGCAAUUUAAGCUUUGUUUUUAAUUCUAUUUAACUCUCAUUAACUCUAACUUUUCAUUUUGAUUCAGGAGUGUUACAUAAAUAAGUCUUAUUUAGCUAAAGAGUGUAGGCUACAUAAAUAAGUCUUAUUUAGCUAAAGAGGGUAUUGCAGUAUAUGAACAAGUCUUUAUUUAGGAUUGCAGUAUUUAUUUACAGGACCUCCUGAACCUGCUAUUCUGGGCGUUGACGUCUGGCUUCUCUUCUCUUCUUUCAUUAAAGUGUGUCUAUGGUCAUGGAGGCAACUACUGGAGAGGCCUAGUGACAGGAUUCUCUAAUUGUUACCGUCCCUUUUUAGUUUUGUUUGUGUGACUUUUCACACAUUACCUCAGGCCAGAUUGAACACCUAUUUUAGAUAUGUAGGAUACUAAGCCUAGCUUGCUGAGGUCUAUAUGAACACACUACCAGGAGAUAAUUCCGACAGGGCAUAUAGCAUUUUCUAAUAGCAGCAGCUCAUUGGGGUUGACUUGUUUUUUAGAGUAGCGAUAAGUACAUGUAGCCUACACAUUCUCAAUUAUUUGGAUUUACUUUUAAACAUAAAUCAAAGUAACUUUUUCACUGCAUAUAGAAAAAGUCCAACCAGAUCUGUCUCUUUUUUUAAGGUCUUUUGAUGUCCUAUAUCCUAAUUGCUGGUUUGGUUGAGGUUAUAAUGGACUGAGCUGUACUUCAUGCCCUCUGGAAGGAAUGUGGUUUUCACUUCACCUUCUUCUUCGUCACUUAGGUUCUGCUCUACUCUUCCUCCUGGGAUUCCUCCCGUUCUAAAUAUCUUUUUGGCUUUUACGUGCGAAGCGCGGGUGCCAGAUAAUGUGUAGUUGAUGUUCCCCCUCUCUCUCCUGCUCCUUCUCUCCAUUGCUGCCCCCCCUCUCUCUGUGACUCAUGUGGGUGUAGGGCUGAAAUAGUUUGUAGUUUUGCAUUCCUUAUAUAGCUCUCCGAGGAGAGGAGCCUGGCUGCCUAGCUGUGUCACUAGGGGAGGGGGGGAGAGGGCUUGCUCUGCCAACAGGGAGGGAGAAGAGUCAGCCCAGCCUGCGUCAGUACUGUAGCACCCAGCACUCCUGUAGUUUUCUGACAGCUUUGGGUUACCAGGAGGGCCUCAGGACAAGGUAUGGUUGCAUUGCAGGUAGCUCUGUGUCAUGGUGAGGUUUUUGAAUACCUUUGAGGAGGGAGAGGUGCAGCAAGCGUCAUGGUCUCAGGUUGUCCUUGGUUCUUAAAAUGACGUGUGUGUGGUGCUGUCUGUGAGCGAAGGGAAUAUGCUGUACCAAUGUAAUUUAAGCCUAUAUUACUUUGACAGAUGCGUUUUAGUGCGUACAGCAAAGGCAGUUAUAUAUUUCAAUGGAGUUGAAGGAUAUUUGUUUGCGGACAGACUGACUUUUGGCAAGUAUGUGGAAUAAGCGUGAACAGCUUUAAAUAUGUUCUCUAUGAGUGUCCCUCUGUUUGUUUCCAGGGUAACGUGUGACAGAAUUGUACUAGGCCUACAUUAAUUAGCUUUUUCUUUAGUUUGUAAUAAGGGCAUACCAAUGGAUAUAUUUAGCCUAGUUUGCAGGCUAUACAUGUCAUUCAUGUCGCUUUAUUGCUGUGACUUGACCUACUAAUCUCCUACGUUAGUUAAAAUGCACUGACUGUAAGCCACUCUGUAUAAGAGUGUCUGCUAAAUCACUUGAAUGUAAAGGCAACGGCUCUCUGCUGUUCUCUGGAUACUGUAUGUUGAAUGUAAAGGCAACGGCUCUCUGCUGUUCUCUGGAUACUGUAUGUUGAAUGUAAAGGCAACGGCUCUCUGCUGUUCUCUGGAUACUGUAUGUUGAAUGUAAAGGCAACGGCUCUCUGCUGUUCUCUGGAUACUGUACGUCUGACUGUCAGUAUGUGUCAAUCAGACCAGAGGUGGAUGUUUAUUUUUUUAUUGAUUUAUUUCACCUUUAUUUAACCAGGUAAGCCAGUUGAGAACAAGUUCUCAUUUACAACUGCGACCUGGCCAAGAUAAAGCAAAGCAGUGCAAUAAAAACAACAACACAGAGUUACAUAUGGGGUAAAACAAAACAUAAAGUCAAAAAUACAACAGAAAAUAUAUAUACAGUGUGUGCAAAUGUAGCAAGUUAUGGAGGUAAGGCAAUAAAUAGGCCAUAGUGCAAAAUAAUUACAAUUAGUAUCAACACUGGAAUGAUAGAUGUGCAGAAGAAGAUGUGCAAAUAGAGAUACUGGGGUGCAAAUGAGCAAAAUAAAUAACAAUAUAGGGAUGAGGUAGUUGGGUGGGCUAAUUUCAGAUGGGCUGUGUACAGGUGCAGUGAUCGGUAAGCUGCUCUGACAACUGAUGCUUAAAGUUAGUGAGGGAGAAUAAGAGUCUCCAGCUUCAGAGAUUUGUGACUCUGGGGUUUAAUUUAUUAGUGCACAUAAAGUAGUAAAACAGUUUUGCAACGGAAAAUGAAAACCAGCGUUUCUUAUUGGUCAAGAAUUGACGUAGUCUCUCCCUGUUUCAGUCCGUUUCCUUGACUAUGACCCAGGGCACGCAGUCUGAAAUCCAGACUUGAACCCCUCCAUAUGCAUAACUGGUCUCAGAUGCGUAGCUCAUGUUCUGAUUUUUGAAUGAGAUAUUUGCAGAAAAUACUAUUGAGCUUUCUGGAAUAAGUAACUCCAGUCAGGCCUUCCUGUAGGAUUCCAUGGGCUAGACGUUGCAUCACUCUGCCCAGAAGCGUCUUGAAACAUUCGAGUUAGUUUGGCCUUGCAUUAGACUGUCUCUCAAACAGUGUGUUGGAGCCCACUGGUGGGUCAUGGCAGAUGUGUCCCUGGUUAAAGGGUCCUGACUAAGGGUGGAUUUACAUGAGUAAAAUCAUUUAUGUCUAGUGAGGUCUGUCUGUCUUCAACCUCAGACUGUUCUGUUUACACUAUCCUUGGAUGUGGUGUGGCCAAAGUCACAUUCCUCCCUUACCUGAAUGCAUCUAUUAUCAUACCACAGUACAUAGACCGCCAUACCACAGUACAUAGACCGCCAUACCACAGUACAUAGACCGCCAUACCACAGUACAUAGACCGCCAUACCACAGUACAUAGACCGCCAUACCACAGUAUAUAGACCGCCAUACCACAGUAUAUAGACCGCCAUACCACAGUACAUAGACCGCCAUACCACAGUACAUAGACCGCCAUACCACAGUACAUAGACCGCCAUACCACAGUACAUAGACCGCCAUGCCACAGUACAUAGACCGCCAUACCACAGUAUAUAGACCGCCAUGCCACAGUAUAUAGACCGCCAUGCCACAGUAUAUAGACCGCCAUGCCACAGUAUAUAGACCGCCAUACCACAGUACAUAGACUGCCAUACCACAGUACAUAGACUGCCAUACCACAGUACAUAGACCGCCAUGCCACAGUACAUAGACCGCCAUACCACAGUAUAUAGACCGCCAUACCACAGUACAUAGACCGCCAUGCCACAGUAUAUAGACCGCCAUACCACAGUACAUAGACCGCCAUACCACAGUACAUAGACCGCCAUACCACAGUACAUAGACCGCCAUACCACAGUAUAUAGACUGCCAUACCACAGUACAUAGACCGCCAUGCCACAGUAUAUAGACCGCCAUGCCACAGUAUAUAGACCGCCAUGCCACAGUAUAUAGACCGCCAUGCCACAGUAUAUAGACCGCCAUGCCACAGUACAUAGACUGCCAUACCACAGUACAUAGACUGCCAUACCACAGUACAUAGACCGCCAUGCCACAGUACAUAGACCGCCAUACCACAGUAUAUAGACCGCCAUACCACAGUACAUAGACCGCCAUGCCACAGUAUAUAGACUGCCAUGCCACAGUAUAUAGACCGCCAUACCACAGUACAUAGACCGCCAUACCACAGUACAUAGACCGCCAUACCACAGUACAUAGACCGCCAUACCACAGUAUAUAGACCGCCAUGCCACAGUAUAUAGACCGCCAUGCCACAGUAUAUAGACCGCCAUACCACAGUACAUAGACCGCCAUGCCACAGUACAUAGACCGCCAUGCCACAGUUUAUAGACCAUCAAAAUAAGGAUAGAAAUUCAAACUAUACAGGAGCUUAUCAUCUAAACCAUGUUGCACAUAGUGUUGCACACUUGAUUUAAUGCAAUGAUUCACAAUUGUGUGGAUAUUCUAAAAGCCUUUUUCAUGUUCAAUUUGGCUAACAGAGCAUUAAGGUAAUUCUUACGGGGACAUAUGGCGCGGGAGAGAGGCUGUCUUUGCGCUGGACCGCUCCGAGGGGGUAUGUGGUGUAGAUGUAGGUGGUGUGGGAGACAUAUCUCUUUUAAAGAGACAUUUUUUAAAAUCUAGAUCCGUCUCGUUACACUACUCAAGUAUCUUUCCUGGACCUAGUUUGUGAUGCAGCGUUCUAAGGCACUGCGUCUCAGUGCUUCAGGUGUCACUACAGACACCCUGGUUGGCCCAGCGUCGUCCGGGUUUGGCCGGUGUAGGCCGUCCCAUUUGUAUUCUUAACUGACUGGUCCUCUGUAGCUCAAUUGGUAGAGCAUGGCGCUUGUAACGCCAGGGUAGUGGGUUCGAUCCCCGGGACCACCCCAUACGUAAAAAUGUAUGCACACAUGACUGUAAGUCGCUUUGGAUAAAAGCGUCUGCUAAAUGGCUUAUUAUUAUUAGUUAAAUAAAGGUUAUUUUAUUUGUAUUGUGUCAUCAAAGUAGUGUAGUGUAAAGAGGCCCUAACUGGCUCCUGGUUUAUUACCUUCUGGGUGACAUGACAACUGUCAACUGAGAAUGUGUUAAAUGGGUCACAAUGUAAAACAUCUAGGGACCUACAUCUUUGAAUCAUUCCAACACUAGUCUAUCACCUCUGAUUCAACUAAUCAGCAGGGUGUCCCAGAGGAGGGCUGGGUUGGGAAACGCUGUGUCCUAAAUGGUAUCCUGUUCUCUACAUAGUGCGCUGCUUUUCACAUAGGGCGCUGGUCAAAAGUAGUGCUCUAUAAAGGAAUUAGGGAGGCCCUGGGGAUGACCUCGGGGAUGAGUAUAAUUUAAAAAAAUAAAAUAAUAAUGUAUUCACUAACUGUAAGUCGCUCUGGAUAAGAGCGUCUGCUAAAUGACUGUAAAUGUAAAUGUAACUCUGAGUCCCUAUUGUGGUGGUGUUCUGCUGCCAAGGCAAGCCCAUCCAUACCAACUAUCCUCAAAGAAACUGGCCUUGCAUGUAGUUCUAUGCAAGGGUUUUAAACCUUGGCUCAUUGUAGGUCUAUUUGAAAUAAAUUACAUUAAAUUGGCCCUAAUCUAUGGAUUUCACAUGACUGGGCAGGGGCGCAGCCAUGGGUGGGCCUGGGAGGGCAUAGGCCCACCCACUGGGGAGCCAGGCCCAGCCAAUCAGAAUGAGUUUUUCCUCACAAAAGGGCUUUAUUACAGACAGAAAUACUCCUCAGUUUCAUCAGCUGUCCGGGUGGCGUAGUUACACGUGGUCUGCAGUUGUGAGGCCGGUGGACGUACUGCCAAAUUCUCUAAAAUGACUUUGAAGGCGGCUUAUGGUAGAGAAAUUUAACUUUGAAUUCUCUGGCAACAGCUCUGGUGGACAUUCCUGCAGUCAGCAUGCCAAUUGCGCAUUCCCUCAACUUGAGACAUCUGUGGCAUUGUGUUGUGUGACAAAACUGCACAUUUUAGAGUGGCCUUUUAUUGUCCCCAGCACAAGGUGCACCUGUGUAAUGAUCAUGCUGUUUAAUCAGCUUCUUGAUAUGCCACACCUGUCAGGUGGAUGUAUUAUCUUGGCAAAGGAGAAAUGCUCACUAACAGGGACGUAAACACAUUCGUGCACAGAAUUUGAGGAAUAAGCUUGUGCGUAUGGAACAUUUCUGGGAUCUUUUAUUUCCGCUCAUGAAACAUGGGACCAACACUUUACAUGUUGCGGUUUAUAUUUUUGUUCAGUGUGUAUCUAUUUCUCUCCUCUAUAGGCCAUAUAUAAUAUAAAUAUAUAUAUAUAUAUAUAUAUAUAUACCGUUCAAAAGUUUGGGGUCACUUAGAAAUGUCCUUGUUUUCCAUGAGUUUGAAUAGGAAAUAUAGCUAAAUGAAUAGGAAAUGUAGUCAUUGACAAGGUUAGAAAUAAUAAUUUUUAAUUGAAAUAAUAAUUGUGUCCUUCAAACUUUGCUUUCGUCAAAUAAUCCUCCAUUUGCAGCAAUUACAGCCUUGCAGACCUUUGGCAUUCUAGUUGUCAAUUUGUUGAGGUAAUCUGAAGAGAUUUCACCCCAUGAUUCCUGAAGCACCUCCCACAAGUUGGAUUGGCUUGAUGGGCACUUCUUACGUACCAUACGGUCAAGCUGCCAUUGGAACACAGGACUGAUGGUUGCUGAUAAUGGGCCUCUGUACACCUAAUGUAGAUAUUCCAUUAAAAAUCUGCCGUUUCCAGCUACAAAAUCCAUUUACAACAUUAACAAAGUCUACACUGUAUUUCUGAUCAAUUUGAUGUUAUUUUAAUGGACCAUAAAAUUGCUUUUCUUUCAAAAACAAGGACAUUUCUAAGUGACCCCAAACUUGUGUGCAUCUCUCUCCUCUAUAGACCAUGAAUAACCCUCUCUCUUCUCUCCUCUCCUCUCCUCUAUAGGCCAUGAAUAACCCUCUCUCUUCUCUCCUCUCCUCUCCUCUCCUCUCCUCUAUAGACCAUGAAUAACCCUCUCCCCUCUCCUCUCCUCUAUAGACCAUGAAUAACCCUCUCUCUUCUCUCCUCUCCUCUAUAGGCCAUGAAUAACCCUCUCUCUUCUCUCCUCUCCUCUCCUCUAUAGGCCAUGAAUAACCCUCUCUCUUCUCUUCUCUCCUCUCCUCUAUAGGCCAUGAAUAACCCUCUCUCUUCUCUUCUCUCCUCUCCUCUAUAGACCAUGAAUAACCCUCUCUCUUCUCUCCUCUCCUCUCCUCUAUAGACCAUGAAUAACCCUCUCUCUUCUCUCUCUCCUCAUAGACCAUGAAUAACCUCUCUCUCCUCUCCUCUCCUCUCCUCUAUAGGCCAUGAAUAACCCUCUCUCUCCUCUCCUCUCCUCUAGGCCAUGAAUAACCCUCUCUCUUCUCUCCUCUCCUCUAUAGGCCAUGAAUAACCCUCUCUCUUCUCUCCUCUUCUCUCCUCUCCUCUAUAAGCCAUGAAUAACCCUCUCUUCUCUUCUCUCCUCUCCUCUAUAGACCAUGAAUAACCCUCUCUCUUCUCUCCUCUCCUCUCCUCUAUAGACCAUGAAUAACCCUCUCUCUUCUCUCCUCUCCUCUAUAGACCAUGAAUAACCCUCUCUCUUCUCUUCUCUCCUCUCCUCUAUAGACCAUGAAUAACCCUCUCUCUUCUCUUCUCUCCUCUCCUCUAUAGGCCAUGAAUAACCCUCUCUCUCCUCUCCUCUCCUCUAUAGACCAUGAAUAACCCUCUCUCUUCUCUCCUCUCCUCUAUAGGCCAUGAAUAACCCUCUCUCUCCCCUCCCUCCUCCUCUAUAGACCCAUGAAUAAACACCGCUCUCUUCUCUCCUCUCCUCUAUAGGCCAUGAAUAACCCUCUCUCUCCUCUCCUCUAUAGGCCAUGAAUAACCCUCUCUCUCCUCUCCUCUAUAGACCAUGAAUAACCCUCUCUCUCCUCUCCUCUCCUCUAUAGACCAUGAAUAACCCUCUCUCUUCUCUCCUCUCCUCUCCUCUAUAGGCCAUGAAUAACCCUCUCUCUCCUCUAUAGGCCAUGAAUUACCCUCUCUCUCCUCUCCUCUCCUCUCCUCUCCUCUAUAGACCAUGAAUAACCCUCUCUCUUCUCUUCUCUCCUCUCCUCUAUAGACCAUGAAUAACCCUCUCUCUUCUCUCCUCUCCUCUAUAGGCCAUGAAUAACCCUCUCUCUCCUCUCCUCUCCUCUAUAGGCCAUGAAUAACCCUCUCUCUUCUCUCCUCUCCUCUCCUCUCCUCUAUAGACCAUGAAUAACCCUCUCUCUUCUCUCCUCUCCUCUAUAGACCAUGAAUAACCCUCUCUCUCCUCUCCUCUCCUCUCCUCUAUAGGCCAUGAAUAACCCUCUCUCUCCUCUCCUCUCCUCUAGGCCAUGAAUAACCCUCUCUCUUCUCUCCUCUACUCUCCUCUCCUCUAUAGACCAUGAAUAACCCUCUCUCUUCUCUUCUCUCCUCUCCUCUAUAGACCAUGAAUAACCCUCUCUCUUCUCUUCUCUCCUCUCCUCUAUAGACCAUGAAUAACCCUCUCUUCUCUCCUCUCCUCUCCUUUCCUCUAUAGGCCAUGAAUAACCCUCUCUCUUCUCUCCUCUACUCUCCUCUCCUCUAUAGACCAUGAAUAACCCUCUCUCUUCUCUUCUCUCCUCUCCUCUAUAGGCCAUGAAUAACCCUCUCUCUUCUCUUCUCUUCUCUCCUCUCCUCUAUAGACCAUGAAUAACCCUCUCUCUUCUCUUCUCUCCUCUCCUCUAUAGACCAUGAAUAACCCUCUCUCUUCUCUCCUCUUCUCUCCUCUCCUCUAUAGACCAUGAAUAACCCUCUCUCUCCUCUCCUCUCCUCUCCUCUAUAGGCCAUGAAUAACCCUCUCUCUUCUCUCCUCUCCUCUCCUCUCCUCUAUAGACCAUGAAUAACCCUCUCUCUCCUCUUCUCUCCUCUCCUCUAUAGGCCAUGAAUAACCCUCUCUCUUCUCUUCUCUCCUCUCCUCUAUAGACCAUGAAUAACCCUCUCUCUUCUCUCCUCUCCUCUAUAGACCAUGAAUAACCCUCUCUCUCCUCUCCUCUAGGCCAUGAAUAACCCCCUCUCUUCUCUCCUCUCCCCUAUAGACCAUGAAUAACCCUCUCUCUUCUCUCCUCUCCUCUCCUCUAUAGACCAUGAAUAACCCUCUCUCUUCUCUUCUCUCCUCUCCUCUAUAGACCAUGAAUAACCCUCUCUCUUCUCUCCUCUUCUCUCCUCUCCUCUAUAGGCCAUGAAUAACCCUCUCUCUCCUCUCCUCUCCUCUAUAGGCCAUGAAUAACCCUCUCUCUUCUCUUCUCUUCUCUCCUCUAUAGGCCAUGAAUAACCCUCUCUCUUCUCUUCUCUCCUCUCCUCUCCUCUCCUCUAUAGACCAUGAAUAACCCUCUCUCUUCUCUUCUCUUCUCUCCUCUAUAGGCCAUGAAUAACCCUCUCUCUUCUCUCCUCUCCUCUCCUCUAUAGGCCAUGAAUAACCCUCUCUCUUCUCUUCUCUCCUCUCCUCUAUAGGCCAUGAAUAACCCUCUCUCUUCUCUUCUCUCCUCUCCUCUAUAGACCAUGAAUAACCCUCUCUCUUCUCUCCUCUCCUCUAUAGACCAUGAAUAACCCUCUCUCUCCUCUCCUCUCCUCUCCUCUAUAGGCCAUGAAUAACCCUCUCUCUCCUCUUCUCUCCUCUCCUCUAUAGGCCAUGAAUAACCCUCUCUCUCCUCUCCUCUUCUCUCCUCUCCUCUAUAGACCAUGAAUAACCCUCUCUCUCCUCUCCUCUCCUCUCCUCUAUAGACCAUGAAUAACCCUCUCUCUCCUCUCCUCUUCUCUCCUCUCCUCUAUAGACCAUGAAUAACCCUCUCUCUCCUCUCCUCUCCUCUCCUCUAUAGGCCAUGAAUAACCCUCUCUCUCCUCUCCUCUUCUCUCCUCUCCUCUAUAGACCAUGAAUAACCCUCUCUCUCCUCUCCUCUCCUCUAUAGACCAUGAAUAACCCUCUCUCUCCUCUCCUCUUCUCUCCUCUCCUCUAUAGACCAUGAAUAACCCUCUCUCUCCUCUCCUCUCCUCUCCUCUAUAGGCCAUGAAUAACCCUCUCUCUUCUCUUCUCUCCUCUCCUCUAUAGGCCAUGAAUAACCCUCUCUCUUCUCUUCUCUUCUCUCCUCUCCUCUAUAGACCAUGAAUAACCCUCUCUCUUCUCUCCUCUCCUCUCUAGACCAUGAAUAACUCUCUCUCUCCUCUCCUCUCCUCUCCUCUAUAGGCCAUGAAUAACCCUCUCUCUCCUCUCCUCUCCUCUCCUCUAGGCCAUGAAUAACCCUCUCUCUUCUCUCCUCUCCUCUAGGCCAUGAGUAUAUACAGUAUAACCCUCAACGGCCCAGCACCAUGGGGCUUCAGACUUCAGGGGGGGAAGGACUUCAGCAUGCCCCUCACUGUGUCCAGGGUAAGCUUUGUGUUUCUACCGUAUUCUACUAUAUACCCGUAUUGAUGCUGGACCGGUUUGGGUUUUUACUUGACCUUCUAUAACGGUAUUUAGUUGUUGUUUUUUAUAGUUUACUCCACUACUUUACACCGAGCCCUGCCUCCUGUCACUCAAGAAGCCCAGUUGUUGUUGCUCGUACACGAGAGAUCAUUUGCCGACCGUUCACUCUUCAGUGUGAAUGGUCAAUGCAGCAGAUGCAACAAUAUGUUGAUUGAUGACAACGAUGCUGUUUCCACUUUGCUUGUUAAUAUAAAUCCACAAGCGUUCUAUAAUACACUAUUAGUUAGUAUCUUGCUGUCUGCAAACAGCUAGUGUCUUUUUCUUAGCAAGUCGCAAACGUAGCCAACGGUUAUCCAGCAGUAAUUAUAACCCUAGAGCAAUAAAAAGAAUACAAAAUAAAUCCAGAAAAAUGAAACUAAAGGCAAUUGAACCCAGUCUGCCACAAAGAGAAGAUUCAAGUAUGAGCCAGGCCUACAUCUAUAUACAUACGUGCCAUUUGCUGUGUGUUUGUAUGACCUGGGGGGGGGGGGGGGUCUGUAUGUGUGGUUUUGAAUCUCUCUCUGUGUGUGUCCAUGUUUUGUAUCCCCUGUGGACAUAUCAAUUAUACAGGUUACACGCUACUCUGCCCAAUCAAACAACCGGAUAUGUUUCAUCCAUAUGCUACAAUUCCUAAGCAGCUAUUUUGAAAGUGGCUAUAUCUGAACGCAACAUAAGCUCUUUCCCCCCCCCCCCCCCGGUGUGACCUGUACCCUGGGCCUGAUCAUGCCACCUGUUGUGUUUUUUUUAUUUGAACAGCAAACUAUUGGGGAGAAUAGCUAGCUAUGAUUGGGUGUCAUUUUUUAAAUCCAUGUUUCAGCUCUGAAACGAUCAGUUGCGUGUCUCAGUUCAUGCAUUCCUCUGAGGUGUGUCAGUGGGCUGUAUCCAAAAUUGCACUCUAUUACCCUUUGGACUAUAGCACUACUUUUGACCACGGACCAUAAUGCUCUAGGGAAUAGGGUGCCAUUUGGAAUGUACUCAGUAUGUAUGAUACAGUAUCAGAAGUCUCUGAGUUUCUCCACUUCUCUCUCUCUCUCUCUCUCUCUCUCUCUCCUCACAAGGACAUGUUGUGGCUUGUUUAGCCUUGCCCAGGGACAACUUGUUACUGUGUUAGGUCACUGUGUCUUAGCUAAAUUAAUCAUACGUAGUGAAAUGGUUUCUCUGAUUGUCCAUAAACGACCGGCUAUUGAACAGAGUGACACCCAGCACAGGGUUUCCAGCCCUUAUAAGUGCUUUGUCGGUCGGUCGGUCUGCGUGUGUGUAUAUGCCUGUGAUGGAGGGAGCAGUUACAGUGCCAUGCAAAAGUAUUCAUCCCCCUUGGCGUUUGUCCUAUUUUGUUGCAUUACAACCUGUAAUUUAAAUUGAUUUUUAUUUGGAUUUCAUGUAAUGGACAUACAAAACAUAGUCCAAAUUGGUGAGGUGAAAUUAAAAAUAAAAAAAAAAGUUGUUUCAAAGAAUUCUAAAAAAUAAAUAACGGAAAAGUGGUGUGUGCAUAUGUAUUCAUCCCCUUUGCUAUGAAGCCCCUAAAUAAGAUCUGGUGCAACCAAUUACCUUCAGAAGUCACAUAAUUAGUUAAAUAUUGCCCACCUGUGGGCAAUCUAAGUGUCACCUGAUCUCAAUGUGUGUGUGUAUGUAUGUGUAUAUAUACAUACACACACACACAGUGCCCUCCACAAUUAUUGGCACCCCUGUUUAAGAUGUGGUCAAGGACUUCCAAAAAUUCUCCUUUUUUUUUAAACAACAUAGAACCCAAAUGCAAAAAAAGAGAAAUCCAACCUUUUAUUUAAGUACAUUACUUUGGUGUAAAAAAAAAUCACACAUUUAGAAAUUAUUAUUUUUUUGAAAUCAUGUGUCCCACAAUUAUUGGCACCCCUGAUGUUAAUACUUUGUACAACCCCCUUUUGCCAACAAGACAGCACUUAAUCUCCUCCUAUAACAUUUCACAAGAUUGGAGAACACAGAGAGAGGGAUCUUUGACCAUUCUUCUUUGCACAAUCUUUCUAGAUCAUCCAGUGUCCUGGGUCCUCUCUUAUGCACUCUCCUCUUUAGCUCGCCCCACAGGUUUUUGAUUGGGUUGAGGUCUGGGGACUGAGAUGGCCAUGGGAGGACCUUGAGUUUGUGACUGCUGAACCAUUUUUGUGUAGAUUUUGCCACAUGUUUUGGAUCAUUAUCCUGCUGAAAGACCCAAUGACGACCCAUCUUCAGCUUUCUGGCAGAGGCCAUCAGGUUUUUAUUUAAAAUGUCCUGGUAGUUCAAAGCGUUCAUAAUGCCAUGCACCCUAACAAGGUUCCCAGGGCCUUUGGAAGAGAAACAGGCCCACAGCAUCACAGAUCCUCCACCAUACUUCACGGUGGGCAUGAGGUGCUUUUCGGCAUACUCAUCUUUUGUUUUACGCCAGACCCACUUAGAGUGUUUGUUGGCAAAAAGCUCAAUCUUAGUCUCAUCUGACCAAAGCACACGAUCCCAGUUGAAGUCCCAGUGCCGCUUAGCAAACUCCAGACGUUUACGUUUGUGAGUGUUAGUGAGAAAAGGCUUUUUCCUUGCAUGCCUCCCAAACAGCUUGUUGGCAUGUAGAGAGCGUCUGAUGGUUGUUUUGGAGACUUUUUGACCCCAAGAUGCCACUCUUUGAUGCAAUUCUGUGACAGUGAGCUUAGGACUUUUUUUUACUUCUCUUACCAUCCUCCUCACUAUGCGUUGUGGCAAGAUAAACUUGGGACCUCUUCCAGCCUUGUUUGUCACUGUUCCAGUUGUUUUAAACUUCUUAAUGAUUCCUCUGACUGUAGAUACGGGCAAGUUAAGGCGAGUGGCUAUUUUCUUGUAGCCAUUGCCUGACUUAUGAAGGUCGACACAAAUCUGCCUUACUUGAAUGGUGUGUUCUCUUGUCUUUGCCAUGUUGACAAAUGGGUAAGAGAAUUAGGCCUCUGUGUCACGUCAUAUUUAUACCCCAGGGAAACAGGAAGUCAUGAAUUACUAAUUAAAAGUUCCUAGAUACCCUGACCAACUUUAGCAACUACAGAAAAAUAUAUUUAAAAAAAAAUCAAUAAAAAUUUUCAGCGGAAUUGUUAGGGGUGCCAAUAAUUGUGGGACACAUGAUUUCAAGUUUUUUUUUCUUCUAAAUGUGUGAUUUUUUUUUUUUAUUUUUUACCACCAAAGUAAUGUACUUAAAUAAAAGGUUGGAUUUUUCUAUUUUUUUGCAUUUGGGUUCUGUUUUUUUUUUUUUUUAAAGGAGAAUUUUUGGAAGUCCUCGACCACAUCUUAAACAGGGGUGCCAAUAAUAGUGGAGGGCACUGUAUAUACCAGUUUUUGCCCCAGAGUCUGCAACACCACUAAGCAUGGGGCACCACCAAGCAAGCGGCACCAUGAAGACCAAGGAGCUCUCCAAACAGGUCAGGGAUAAAGUUGUGGAGAAGUACAGAUCAGGGUUGGGUUACAAAAAAAUAUCAGAAACUUAACAUCCCACGGAGCACCAUUAAAUCCAUUAUUAAAAAAUGGAAAGAAUAUGGCACCACAACAAACCUGCCAAGAGAGUGCCGCUCACCAAAACUCACGGACCAGGCAAGGAGGGCAUUAAUCAGAGGCAACAAAGAGACCAAAGAUAACCCUGAAGGAGCUGCAAAGCUCCACAGCAGAGAUUGGAGUAUCUGUCCAUAGGACCACUUUAAGCCGAACACUCCCCAGAGCUGGGCUUUACGGAAGUGGCCAGAAAAAAGCCAUUUGCUUAAAGAAAAAAAUAAGCAAACACGUUUGGAAGAAGGUACUCUGGUCAGAUGAGACUAAAAUUGAGCUUUUUGGCCAUCAAGGAAAACGCAAUGUCUGGCGCAAACCCAACACCUCUCAUCACCCCGAACACCAUCAUGCUGUGGGGAUGUUUUUCAUCGGCAGAGACUGGGAAACUGGUCAGAAUUUAAGCAGAUGGAGCUAAAUACAGGGAAAUUCUUGAGGGAAACCUGUUUCAGUCUUCCAGAGAUUUGAGACUGGGACAGAGGUUCACAUUCCAACAAGACAAUGACCCUAAGCCUACUGCUAAAGCAACACUCGAGUGGUUUAAGGGGAAACAUUUAAAUGUCUUGGAAUGGCCUAGUCAAAGCCCAGACCUCAAUCCAAUUGAGAAUCUGUGGUAUGACUUAAAGAUUGCUGUACACCAGCGGAACCCAACCAACUUGAAGGAGCUGGAGCAGUUUUGCCUUGAAGAAUGGGCAAAAAUCCCAGUGGCUAGAUGUGCCAAGCUUAUGGAGACACGGUCAUACUAACAGGCCUGACAUACAGGAGUACAGUCAUACUAACAGGACUGACAUACAGGAGUACGGUCAUACUAACAGGCCUGACAUACAGGAGUACAGUCAUACUUGGGUUGACACCUCCUGGUUAGGCUGUAGUUUUAGAUUAUAUCCCCUAGCUCAGUCAUUCUCAAAUGGCGGACCGCGGUACGUGUCCGGACCCAGCGACGGGGUCAAUACGGACCGAACGGCACCAAACGAUAUCGAAGUUUAGUACAUUUUUAAUUUCAGACAGCUUUCAAACAUGAUCGACCGGGCGCCGUUUCCCAAGUGCAGCGCGGCCUCUCUAUGUCUCCAGUAGUGGUGAAGAUACCCCAGAUUGCAUCCUAUCCAAGUCGCGUGCAUUUAUGCAAAUAAGUCUCACGAAGAGAGCUGUGUCUCAUCCGAUCGCAUAAAUAUAUGCAAAUAUCUUUGACAGUGAACGACUGUGUUGGGAGCAAGCAGCAGGAAGAAACACGGAAAUACGUCCGUCGAUAGACAUUGUGAAUGUGAAGGAUGGCUUGUUCAAAGAAAAGUUGAUAGUGAAAAUCGCAUUUUCAAAGACAAGUGGACAGAAGUACGCAUUCAUUCUCCCCGCAAACAAGUUCAAAACCAAUGUGCCUGAUUUGGCUCAGAGUCCGUAGCGCUCCUAAUGUGAAGCGAUGCUAUGACACAAGUCAUUUGGCGCAAACGUGUCCCCAUAAAACACAGAGGUGAGAACGAGAAAGCCCAAUAUGAGCGGUUCACCAAAGUUCCCUGACAGCCCAAGAACAUCCAAUGGAGCGCUCACUGAAAAAUAGCUAGUGUUUUGGGAAAACGCAAAAAGCCAUUUACUGACGCAGAGAUGUUUUAAAGAAUGCAAUGAGUGACGUUGCUGAGACCUUGAUGGUGAACGAAAAGAUGAGCUGAAGGAAAAGAUCAAACCGAUCCCACAGCAAUGAGAACUGAAAUAUUAGCUGAAGAUGUGAUUUCACAACUUGAUGAGGCCAUUCAGAAUGCAUCAUGCAUUUCUUUAGCUGUGGAUGAAUCAACAGAUGCCACCGAUUUUUAUUUUAUUUUUAUGCCCAGCUUCUGGUAUUUGUGAGAUUUUAUAACAAAACAAAAAAGGAAUUCUGUGAGGAGCUGUUUGGUUUAACAACUCUUGAAGCACACACACGAGGAGAGGACAUUCAUGAGGCCAUCAAAGGGAUGCUGACAAAGGGGGAUAGAUCUGAAGUCGGUGGUCUCCAUCACCACAGAUGGAGCUCCAGAAAAUGGGGAUAGAUCUGAAGUCGGUGGUCUCCAUCACCACAGAUGGAGCUCCAGAAAAUGGGGAUAGAUCUGAAGUCGGUGGUCUCCAUCACCACAGAUGAUAGGAAGCUCCAGCCAUGACAGGAAGAGGGAGGGGACUGGUUGCACGUUUUGAAAGACGACCGACCUGACAUCAUACCACUGCAUCAUCCACCAAUCGGUCCUGUGUGCCAGUCUGGGAGAAGUGUACGCUGAGGUCAUGACAACAAUGAUGAAACGGAUCAACUUUUUGAGAGCAUCAUCAUCCCUACAGCAUGGUCUGCGAAGAGGCUUUCUGACAGCGGUUAAUGCCAGCUAUGAUGACUUACUAGUGCACAACGAUGUCAGAUGGCUCGGCAAAGGCAGGGUUUUGGAGCGCUUUUGGGGAAUUCGGGAGGAGAUAAUCUUUCCUAUCAGAGUGAAAAGGCAACUCUGUUUACAGAGUUUUUGGAAGAUGUGGAGAAAAUGCAAACGGCUGUAUUUCUGGCAGACAUCACAUCUUUAAUGAGCUCAAUGUUAAGCUGCAGGGACAGAACAACACAGUGUGUGAUUUGAUAACAGCAGUCCGGGCUUUCCGGAGGAAAUUGGAGAUUUUCAAGACUGAUCUCCAGGGAGAACUUGUCCACUUCCCCAACUUUUGGAGCAAACCCAGGGAGAGCGAGAUGUUCCUCACCACGGUGAUUUUUUUAAUAAAGAAGCUGACGGGUAACUUCAAGGCUCGCUUUUAUGACUUUGCCUCUUGUAAGACAACUGCUGCUGUUUAUACAGAAGCCCUUCUUGGUCACAAAUGUCCCUUUUUUUUUUUUCAGAGGAAGCAAAACAGACCUUCAGAUUGGUAAAUGUUGCAACACUACAAAUUGUAGUUGAUUUGAACUGCAAGAAAAUGUGGCUUUGAAAGAGCAGGUUGGUGAUUUGUGACCCUGUCCGUUUCUGGGCAGGUUGGUGAUUUGUGACCCUGUCCGUUUCUGGGGAAAGAUGGUGCCUGCAGCUGGUUUCCCUGUUCUUAACAAAACGCCACUACACAUCCUGACCACGUUUGGUUCCACAUACUGCUGUGAGUCAGCCUUCUCCACAAUGAACAUUUAUUAAAACCAAAUACCGCACCAGGAUCACCAAUGAACACCUGCACCAGUGUCUUAGAAUUGCACUCGCACCAUUUUUGCCAAAGUUCUAAGUAUUGGCAGGAGGGAAAAAAAUGUGAUUUCUCUCAUUAGUCAUUGAUGCAAGGCCCAGAGUGACUUGGGCAUGCAUGGAACACAGUCUGUGCACUCAGAUGUUAUUUUCUAUUGGACUCUCCUUUGUUCUCCAUAAAAUGUGCACUUUAGAUGAUUAUUAUUUAUUAAAUUAAGAGAAAUGCAAGGCCCAUGUACAUUGGCUCAGUGACUUUUUUUGCUUACAGAUUACUAUGCAAUCACUUUUGUUCUUCAGCAAUGUUCAGCACUUUAUUUUUUUUGUAAAAAGAGAAACCAUUCAUUUUAAAAAAAUACUUUUUGUUGUACUAAUUUCUUAAAUGUCUUUUUGAAGCAGCAUGACAAAUAGUAAUAGCAUACUUGCUACUGCAGCACAGGUACAUUGUUCACAGUCAAAAUAAAGAUGUUUUGUAAUUCAUUAAAAUGUAUCUGAUUGGGCCCAUUUUUUUAUGUUUUUAAUAGAGGUCCUGAAAACAUUUUAGAUAUAUAAAACAUGUAUCCCAAAUCAGAAUAUGGACAAUGGUAAGUUUGAUACUAUGCUGUGCUAGAGCACCAAUAAAUCAAUAUAUAUAUAUCUCUAUCUAUCUAUCUCUCAGGACCUUUCCCACUUUGGAAGUUUGUGUGACCGCACCUUCUCAAGUUGUAUUUGAAUACCCCUGCCCCAGCUGUUUCCAUACUGACAUGCAGAGUACAGUCAUACUAGCAGGUCCCUGUUGACUGACUGACUUUCAUAAUAAAAGGCCUUUUCCAAUCAGCUCAGACUGGCUGACGUCAGACUAGCAGGCCCCUGUCUCAGACUGUUGACUGAUCAUAAUAAAAGGCCUAGUCUAGUCAGCCCCAUCUCCCUGGCUCUGACUGGCUGACAGACUUCUCUCCCUGGCUCUGACUGGCUGACAGACUUCUCUCCCUGGCUCUGACUGGCUGGUCCUCCUGGAAGUGAUGUGUGUGGGUGGUCUGCUCUGCCCCAGGGCCCCUGAGAUAUCAUCUCAACCCAGAGAGGGAGCUGAUUUACACAAUAAAGGACAAUCCAACUGACAGCAAGACUAAAGCUUCAGAGAGAGGCUGCAGGGUGACGAGAUGGGCAGUGUGAGAUAAGGCUCAAUUCUUAGGGCUUUAAUAGCAUGGGAAACACAUGUUGCCAAAGCAAGUGAAAUAGAUAAAGGUGAGAAGAAAGAAACUAUUACAAAUGAACAGUAAACAUUGCGCUCUAAGGUUUACAAUAUAUCAAGACAUUUCAAGUGUUCUAGUCACAGCUACAUUUUUUUUUAGCAAUGUGCAAAUAGUUGUAGUACAAAUAGUACUAGUUUCUCUCUCUCUCUCUCAGCUAAUGUAGUUGGUAGCUUUGAGAAGGUUUGAUUUAUUAGGAGGAGUAUAGGGCUGUAUCUGUUUGAGUUUGGCCAGGUAACGGCGGCUGUUAAGGUCCAUAAGUGACUUUAUAGACGAUUGUCCCGUAGACCUGUUAAAUGGGGAUCUGUUCCUCUGCUAUUGGUCCUGUCGACCUGUUAAAUGGGGAUCUGUUCCUCUGCUAUUGGUCCUGUCGACCUGUUAAAUGGGGAUCUGUUCCUCUGCUAUUGGUCCUGUCGACCUGUUAAAUGGGGAUCUGUUCCUCUGCUAUUGGUUUAGAACGGUGUGUGUGUGUGUGUGUGUGUGUAGGGUGGUAUGUCUAUGAAUGCUCUGCUUCCAACCUCUCCCUGUAUGAGCCAGGAACCCAAUGUUUCCUCUAAAUUCCUGGAAUGCCGUCAUUCCUCAUGUCUCUCCCGUUCCCAGAUCCUGGCAACAGCAGAGCCCUUUGUUUUCUCUCGGCAUCCAUUGGCUGGGUCCAUAUAUAGGGCUCUACACAUUGGCUGGGUCCAUAUAUAGGGCUCUAUCCAUUGGCUGGGUCCCUAUAUAGGGCUCUAUCCAUUGGCUGGGUCCCUAUAUAGGGCUCUACACAUUGGCUGGGUCCCUAUAUAGGGCUCUACACAUUGGCUGGGUCCAUAUAUAGGGCUCUACACAUUGGCUGGGUCCCUAUAUAGGGCUCUAUCCAUUGGCUGGGUCCCUAUAUAGGGCUCUACCCAUUGGCUGGGUCCCUAUAUAGGGCUCUAUCCAUUGGCUGGGUCCAUAUAUAGGGCUCUACACAUUGGCUGGGUCCCUAUAUAGGGCUCUAUCCAUUGGCUGGGUCCCUAUAUAGGGCUCUACCCAUUGGCUGGGUCCCUAUAUAGGGCUCUACCCAUUGGCUGGGUCCCUAUAUAGGGCUCUACCCAUUGGCUGGGUCCCUAUAUAGGGCUCUACCCAUUGGCUGGGUCCCUAUAUAGGGCUCUACCCAUUGGCUGGGUCCCUAUAUAGGGCUCUACCCAUUGGCUGGGUCUAUAUAUAGGGCUCUACACAUUGGCUGGGUCCCUAUAUAGGGCUCUAUCCAUUGGCUGGGUCCCUAUAUAGGGCUCUACACAUUGGCUGGGUCCAUAUAUAGGGCUCUAUCCAUUGGCUGGGUCCCUAUAUAGGGCUCUACCCAUUGGCUGGGUCCCUAUAUAGGGCUCUACCCAUUGGCUGGGUCCCUAUAUAGGGCUCUACACAUUGGCUGGGUCCCUAUAUAGGGCUCUACCCAUUGGCUGGGUCCAUAUAUAGGGCUCUACACAUUGGCUGGGUCCCUAUAUAGGGCUCUACACAUUGUUUGCGUCCCUAAUGCACCAACACCCUAUGGGCCUGGUCAAAAGUGGUGCACUAUGGAGGGAAUAGGGUUCCAUUUGGAACUCAACCCUGGUGUCCUGACCCAGCAGACAGAGCAUGACUACCUUCUCACAUCUCAAAGGAACGCUUUACCGCUGACAUCACUGGAAGAAAAAGCACCAUCUCAGCACCACGCCACAGCCCUGUGCCCCCGGCCCUGUGCCCCCGGCCCUGUGACCCCGGCCCUGUGCCCCCAGCCCUGUGCCCCCAGCCCUGCUAUCAGAAGUCUCUUAUCUUGUAUUUAAAUCUGGGGGCUUUGUGGAGCCUUUAAACGUAGUGAUUGCUUAGCUUUGGGCCCCGCAGAGCCACAGAGGGGGGAGACAUCUGGUUUCUAUCUCAGAGCACAUAUCACCUUGCUAAAAUCAUUAACACAGCACGUUAAUAAGCAGGAAGUGAGAUUUGUGACUGGUACCAGAGUUAGAUGUGUUAUCAUCGGGGGGGGGGGGGGGGGGGUCAGAGAUAGAUGUGUAAUCAGGGGGGGGUGUCAGAGAUAGAUAUGUUAUCAUCAUGUAGGCUGUUCUCUGCUAGGGUUCAGUUUUGCUGUGGGUGUGUCCUGUUCACUGCUCAUCUACACACACACACACACACACACACACACACACACACACACACACACACACACACACACACACACACACACACACACACAGGACUUGUCAUGGGUGUGGAUUAAUAAUUCAAGGCUGACUGAUACAUUGGCUGAUGAAGGAAGGAUAAUCUAGUAGUUUAUCUUUAGCUGGUUAAACGUGAAUGGCCUGUGUUGUGUACUCCAACAGGGCUGGUUUAACCUGGAGUUACUGCUGGUUUAACCUGGAGUUACUGCUGGUUUAACCUGGAGUUACUGCUGGUUUAACCUGGAGUUACUGCUGGUUUAACCUGGAGUUACUGCUGGUUUAACCUGGAGUUACUGCUAGGUGUUGUUAUUGUGAUGGAUACUGGUCCCUACGGAAGCAGGCUCCGUUUUAUAAAAGAAAGCUUGUAAAUUUAAAGGCAAUUUUAGCUGGUUAAUGUGAAUCAAUUGUGUUCAGAGUUAGUUUCAGAACUCAAAUCAAAUUUUAUUUGUCACAUAAUUUCUAUACAGGUGUAAACUAACAGUGACGUUAACAUGGCAACAAUGCAGAAAAAAGAAAAAAAAAAGCUGUUUUACUUUGAGUUAAUGCUAACCGAUCGAUACUGGCCCGCACAGCUUUGUUACAAAGGAAAGGUUCUAAAUAAAAGGCUAUGUCAGCUGGUUAAACUCAUGCUGUUGUGAAUCACUUACACACUGACAUGGCAGUUUGUUUUUUUUACCUUGACUUACUGCUAGGAGCCGGCACUGUGGUGAAGACGUCUAGCAGCAUGCGUUGCUAUAAAGGAGUGGUUAAUGUGAAUGACUUGUGUUGUGAAUCACUUAUCAGAACUAUAUUUACCUUGAGUUAGUGCUACAGUAAGUAUUUAUUGUCACCGCGGCGGGAUACUGGAGCUCUACAGCAGGUUCUACUUCCCAUUUCUCAGAGGGAUAUUUAUGGGUUUCCAUCAGCUGCGAUGUAAGGAAAAGCUGGCUAGCUGGGUCUCUCCCAGGCCGGAGCUGGCUAGCUGGGUCUCUCCCAGGCCGGAGCUGGCUAGCUGGGUCUCUCCCAGGCCAAAGCUGGCUAGCUGGGUCUCUCCCAGGCCAGAGCUGAGCCCUGAAGAACGUGGACUCGGGGGGUGUAAGACAUAACAUAGUAAAGGUAAAUCCGGGGGGGCUUUACAAUUGCCCACGCAUCCAACUACCCUACUUUCGUUUUUUUUUGCCUUAAGGAACCUUCAUUCUUAUGUAACCAAACGAAACGUGUCAUACUCCAUUUGACGUUUGACUAUGUUACGUCUAGUCUGAGACCAGGCCGCCCUGAAGUGGGCAGCAGUGCAAUGAGGAAAAGGUAACGGUCGGUAUAGAGCUGGGCUCAGAGGCACUGAAAUUGCAUUGUCAGUUUGGUCAAAUGGCCCCCCCUGUAGGGAGAGGUGAGAGGUGUGUUCAGAACACUGUCGGUUGAAAGGUACCGGUAGGCCUCUCCUUUUAAAAUACUAUAGUUAAUACCAACACCUCAUAUAUAACUUUUAUUUAACUGUUUUACUGUAAUUUCUCAAACAGCUGACACCUAAAGAGAAAUCAGAAAUGAUAUAGGUUGACUUUCGUUGAUCAGAAUGAAUAAUGUAUUUUUUAUAAAUGUUUUUUUUUUUUUUUUACAAUGUUUCAAUAGGAAACUUAACGAUACACCAUCAUUCUCUUGCUGAUAAGAUGCAGCUGUUUUCUAACCCCUUUGUGCACGUAACAAAAGUGCCACAUUUUUAAAAAGCCGUCUUCAUUACAUAUGGCAGAUCAUAUGAGGCCAUGCGAUCUCAUUGGUGUGUGGCGUGGUGUGAUGUGUUCCAGGGUAUGUUGUCCUCUCCUAGUCUCCGUCCUUCCCAGUAUUGACUAACUGCGGUGGGGUGUAGCGUUUCCUCCUCCCCCCUCCCCUCUCUCGUCUAAAGGCCUGAGCACAGCACUUUUACUACGGCAGCGUCCCAAAUGGCACCCUAUUCCCUACAUAGUGCACUACUUUUGACCAGGGCCCAUAGGGAAUAGGGUGUCGUUUGGGACCCAUACGUACAGGAACAGCUGUGAUCUAAACCUGAGACACCGACACAGGUGCCUGUGUCCAUCACUGGCCUGGCCACACACACACACACACACACACACACACACACACACCCCUACUCUGGUGCCGCUACCUCUAUCUGCUUCACUCAUUCUUACUAAUCACGCUGCAUCUCACUCCAUCUCACCUUCCCUCUGUUUUAACCUGUCACUGCUGCUUUCUAUUAUAAUCUGCUCUGCUAGGCCUUACUGUCUCUGCCUUUCACUCUCUCUCUCUCCGCCUCUGUGUCUCUCUGCCUCUCUCGCUCUCUCUCGCUCUCUCGCUCUCUCUCGCUCUCGCGCUCUCUCGCUCUCUCGCUCUCUUGCUCUCUCGCUCUUUUGCUCUUUCGCUCUCUGUCUCUCUCUCUCGCUCUCGCUCUCUGUCUCUCGCUCUCUGCCUCGCUCUCUCUCUCUCUCUCUGCCUCGCUCUCUCUCUCUCUCUCUCUGCCUCUGCCUCUCUCUCUCGCCCUCUGCCUCUCUCUCGCCCUCUGCCUCUGCCUCUCUCUCUCUCUCUCUCGCCCUCUGCCUCUCUCUCGCCCUCUCUGCCGCCUCAGAAUACCAGUCACACACGAGGGCCUACAUGUGUUGUCUUAGUAGUUGUGGUGUUUCUCUGUAACAGAUGCAGACCAAAUUUAGAGAAGCUGUAACAACACCUUUAGUUCCCUUUUAAUUGCUUCUAGCUUGGGUAGAUCAUAGGUAAUUCACUUGAUGUUAAAAGUAGUUUUUCAUUAGGAAUGCAUUUAAUGUAAUUAUAUUUUUAGGUUUUUGACGUGUUGAGAUUUUUUCCCUGAAAACAAAGAAAACCAGGUGCUUUUUUUCAACAAGCUACGCCUCACUGCAGAAUUAGACUUUUGUCCGUGUUCUCCAAACGCCCGUGUUCUUGUUUCUCCUGCUGCUCUGUAUCGUUCAAUUUCUCCAAACAUCACAUUUCAAAGUUAAUAGUUAAGUUAAGGCUCUCAUUCCGAAUGGUUAAGGUUUGGGAAGGGUUCAAAUAAAACAAAUUGUCCACGACUGGGAUCAAACACACACAACCUUCUAUCCACAACCUUCUGAUCCAGAGUCAUGGGAUUACCCAGGCCUACUUGAUGGUAAUAGCGCUCAAUGUUGCCCCUAGUGGCCAGUUUAAGGCAUUUCUCGACGUCCUCAAGACAUAGAUAGACGUCCAAUUUCAACAUCAAUCUUGAACGACCUGGCUGGCUUUUUUUUUUCUAGGUCUCUACAGUCAAGGAAAGGUGAAAUUAAGCCACUCCACAAGGGAACUGUGUCAUCAGCUAUGGGUUAAUGUUAAUGUGCUGAAUCAAAGAGGCUGGAUCUUAUAGCUUAGUGGAACACGACAGAAACCAAUGAUUAGGGUCUAGAAUCCUCUGUUAAUUUAAGAGCCAAUAGUCUACAGGGAUCUAAAAGGAUCAAUGACCGGAGAGGACAGGGUAAUCAAUGUCUACAGAGACCAGGUCUGCAUCCCAAAUGAGACCGUAUUCCCCGUGUAGUGCACUACUUUUGACCAGAGCUCUAUGGACCCUGGCCAAAAGUAGUGCACUAUAUAAGGAAUAGGGUGCCAUUUGGGAUGCACACAAUGUCUACAUGACAGAAAUCAGUAUUCCAGUCAGGGUUCGGCCCUGCCUGCGACGUUCAGCCCUGUGAUGUUCAGCCCUGUGAUGUUCAACCUGGCUUUGGCUUUCUCUGGCUCGCUCUCCUUUUAGUGAUCUGAUGUUGAACACUUUGUACUCUGAGUGAUCUGAGACUUUGACACGUUUCGUUAAGCCUCUGGGACAAGGCUGAGUAAGGCCCUUUAUUAAACUAAACACGUUCUGGGACAAGGCUGAGUAAGGCCCUUUAUUAAACACGUUCUGGUAUCUCCUCUCUCUUCAUACCAUCUCCACUGUGUGUGUGUAUCAACAGCCUCUGUGUACAUCAAGAGUUUUUUAAAGGACACUUCUCAAAUGGCACCCUAUCCACUACAUAGUGCACUUUAUUUGACCAGAGCCCAUAGGGGAUAGGGUGCCAUUUGGGAAACACCCACUUACACUGCUGUAGCAGGCCUGGCAGGGUAGGGACUGAGUGCACGUGUGGUAUGAGGUUCAUAUUUACAGCCUGUUCCCUACGGAGUGUGAUGCAGGGUAGGGACUGAGUCUGUUCCCUACGGAGUGUGAUGCAGGGUAGGGACUGAGUCUGUUCCCUACGGAGUGUGAUGCAGGGUAGGGACUGAGUCUGUUCCCUACGGAGUGUGAUGCAGGGUAGGGACUGAGCCUGUUCCCUACGGAGUGUGAUGCAGGGUAGGGACUGAGCCUGUUACCUACGGAGUGUGAUGAUGUGGCUGUAACUCAUGUCUGUCAUCCAACUUAUUUACAUGACAUCAUCGAAAAUCAAUCACGCUCGUAUCAUCAUCCUGUACAGUCACGGUCAAUGACCUGUGGUGCUGCUCGCUCCUGUACAGUCACGGUUAAUGACCUGUGGUGCUGCUCGCUCCUGUACAGUCACGGUCAAUGACCUGUGGUGCUGCUCGCUCCUGGACAGUCACGGUCAAUGACCUGUGGUGCUGCUCGCUCCUGUACAGUCACGGUUAAUGACCUGUGGUGCUGCUCGCUCCUGUACAGUCAUGGUUAAUGACCUGUGGUGCUGCUCGCUCCUGUACAGUCACGGUUAAUGACCUGUGGUGCUGCUCGCUCCUGUACAGUCACAGUUAAUGACCUGUGGUGCUGCUCGCUCCUGUACAGUCACGGUUAAUGACCUGUGGUGCUGCUCGCUCCUGUACAGUCACGGUCAAUGACCUGUGGUGCUGCUCGCUCCUGUACAGUCACGGUCAAUGACCUGUGGUGCUGCUCGCUCCUGUACAGUCACGGUCAAUGACCUGUGGUGCUGCUCGCUAAUAUAAUCUACAGUAACAACUGCUCCCCAGGUGCCGACGACAUGGACGCCGAUUUAAUACAGCCCUCCGCACCUCUCUGAUUCAGAGGGGUUGGGUUAAAUGCGGAAGACAUACAGUGCAUUGGGAAAGUAUUCAGACCCCUUGACUUUCUCCACUGUUGCUUGACAGCCUUAUUCUAAAAUUGAUUAAAUCGUUUUUUUCCCCCUCAUCAAGCUACACACAAUACCUCCAUAAUGACAAAGCAAAAACAGGUUUAGAAAUGUUUGCAAAUAAAUAAAAAAACUGAAAUCACAUUUAUAUAAGUAUUCAGACCCUUUACUCAGUACUUUGUUGAAGCACCUUCGGCAGCGAUUACAGCCUUCAGUGUCCCAUUCUUCUCUGCAGAUCCUCUCAAGCUAUUUUCAGGUCUCUCCAGAGAUGUUCGAUUGGGUUCAAGUCCGGGCUCUGGCUGGGCCACUCAAGGACAUUCAGAGACUUGUCCCGAAGCCGCUCCUCUGUUGUCUUGGCUGUGUGCUUAGGGUCGUUGUCCUGUUGGAAGGUGAACCUUCGCCCCUGUCUGAGGUCUUAGUGCUCUGAAGCAGGUUUUCAUCAAGGAUCUCUGUACUUUGCUCCGUUAAUCUUUCCCUCGAUCCAGACUAGUCUCCCAGUCCCUGCCGCUGAAAAACAUCCCCACAGCAUGAUGCUGCCACCACCAUGCUUUACCGUAGGGAUGGUGCCAGGUUUCCUCCAGACAUGACGCUUGGCAUUCAGGCCACAGAGUUCAAUCUUGGUUUCAUCAGACCAGAGAAUCUUGUUUCUCAUGGUCUGAGAGUCCUUAAGGUGCCUUUUGGCAAAAUCCAAACCGGGCUGUCAUGUGCCUUUUUUUUAUUGAGGAUUGGCUUCCGUCUGGCCACUACCAUAAAGGCCUGAUUGGUGGAGUGCUGCAGAGAUGGUUGUCCUUCUGGAAGGUUCUCCCAUCUCCACAGAGGAACUCUGGAGCUCUGUCAGAGUGACCAUCGGGUUCUUGGUCACCUCCCUGACCAAGGCCCUUCUCCCCCGAUUGCUCAGUUUGGCCGGGCGGCCAGCUCUAGGAAGAGUCUUGGUGGUUCCAAACUUCUUCCAUUUAAGAAUGAUGAAGGCCACUCUUUUUUUGGGGGGGACCUUCAAUGCUGCAGAAAUGUUUUGGUACCCUUCCCCAGAUCUGCGCCUCGAUGCAAUCCUAUCUCUGAGCUCUACAGACAAUUCCUUCGACCUCAUGGCUUGGUUUUUGCUCUGACAUGCACUGUCAACUGUGAGACCUUAUAUAGACAGGUGUAGAAACAGCUCAUGGAUUAUCAAUGGAAACAGGAUGCACCUGAGCUCAAUUUCGAGUCUCAUAGCAAAGGGUCUGAAUACUUAUGUAAAUAAGGUAUUUCCUCUUAUUUUUUAAUAUACAUUUGCAAAAAGUGUCUAAACCUGUUCACUUUGUCAUUGUGGGGUAUUGUGUGUAGAUUUAUGAUGAAAAACAGCUAUUUAAUCCAUUUUAGAAUAAGGCUGUGACGUAACAAAGUGGAAAAAGUGAAGUGGUCUGAAUACUUUCCGAAUGCACUGUAUUUUGGUUGAAUGCAUUCAGUUGUCCAACUGACUCUCUUUCCCUAAGAUAAUCUAACAGAGGAGUUUUGCUGCUAAUAUCAUGUAGGGUAACUUUCUGAUAAUGAGGGACUGCAGUGGCUCUGCGGCUCGUGGGGUUUAGUGUAUAGAUGGUUACCCAGCCUCUCAUGCGUCCCAAAUGGCGCCCUAUUCGGGCCCAUAGGACUCUAGUGAAAAGUAGCGCUUCAUGUAGGGAAUAGGGUGACGUUUGGGGCGAAGUCUCUCUCUCUCUCUCUCUCUCUCUCUCUCUCUCUCUCUCUCUCUCUCUGUCUCUCUCUCUGUCUCUCUGUCUCUCUGUCUCUCUGUCUCUCUCUCUCUCUCUCUGUCUCUCUGUCUCUCUGUCUCUCUGUCUCUCUGUCUCUCUGUCUCUCUGUCUCUCUCUCUCUCUCUCUCUCUCUCUCUGUGGUGUCCUUUCGUGAGUUAACUUCACUUCAAAGCUUUGGUCCACAUCUGUAGUGGAUCACAAGAAAGUGAUGUCAUAGUGCUAUUCAGAAACUCUUACCCCAUGUCCUCAUUGUGGUGUGGGGAACUGUCUGGCUAGACACAGACAGAAAGACAGACCCCUCUACAGAUCAUUAGACGGCGAUAACAGACCCAAACAUGAAUCCUCUUGUUGACUUUGUAUGUAUAUUUAGUCAAUACACUAGUUGACAGUGUUAAAAGGUUCGCUAGCUAGUGGUAAAAGCAAGAUAGGACACAUCUCUGUUGUUUACCUGUUGAUUUGGUGUGCACAUACUAGGCCCUAGAACGUUUCACUGUGCACUUUCAUCUCUCUGAUCCAAGUCCUAUUCUUAACCAAUAUGUUCCCUACUGACUAGAUAUCCUCCUGUUCUUCCCUUUAGACCAGCUACUGACUAGAUAUCCUCCUGUUCUUCCCUUUAGAUCAGCCCUGCUACUGACUAGAUAUCCUCCUGUUCUUCCCUUUAGAUCAGCCCUGCUACUGACUAGAUAUCCUCCUGUUCUUCCCUUUAGACCAGCCUGCUACUGACUAGAUAUCCUCCUGUUCCCCUUAGACAGCUACCGGAACUAGAUAUCCUCCUGUUCUUCCCUUUAGCCAGCCCUGCUACUGACUAGAAUCCUCCGUUCUUUUUUUUGAUCAGCCCUGCUAUGCUAAUACCUCCUUUCUUCCUUUUUUAGACCACCCCUGCAGACAGAAUCCCCCUGUUUUUCCCUUUUGACCACCCCUGCCUACUAAUAUCCCCCUGUUCUUCCCUUUAGAUCAGCCCUUUACUGAUAAUAUCCUGUUCUUCCCUUAGAUCACCCUGCUACUGACUAGAUUCCUCCUUUCUUCCCUUUAAUCAGCCCUGCUACUGCUAGUUCCCCUCCGUUUUUCCCUUUAGACCGCUACUGACUAAUUCCUCCGGUUUUUCCCCCUUUAGACCACCUGUCGACUAGUACCCCCUGUUCUUCCCUUUUUAGCCCACCCUGCUACUGAAAAUUUAUCCUCCCCCUGUUUUUCCCCUUUAGAUCACCCCCUGCACUGACUAGAUAUCCCCCCUUUUUUCCCCCCUUUUAAUCAGCCCUGCACUGACUAGAUACCCCCUUUCUCCCUUUAUCACCCUGCUUGACUAAUAUCCUCCUGUUUUUUCCCUUUUUAACCAGCCCUCACUACUAGAUACCUCCUGUUUUUCCCUUUAACCACUACUGACUAGAUUCCUCCUGUUUUUCCUUUAGAUCACCCUAGACUAAUACCCUCCUGUUUUUCCCCCUUUAGAUCACCCGAGAUAGAUAUCCCCUUUUUUUUUCCCCUUUAGACCACCCUUAUGCUAGAUUCCUCCUUUUUUUCCCUUUGGGACCACUACUGACUAAAUCCCCCCUUUCUUCCCUUUUAAAACCAGCUACUGACUAAAUUCCCCCUGUUCUUCCCUUUUAACCACCCGGGCUACUGACUAAUACCCCCCUGUUUUUCCCUUUAGAUCCCCUGACUGCUAGAAUCCUCCUGUUUUUUCCCCUUUGAUCAGCCCUGCACGAUAAUACCUCCUGUUUUUCCCCUUUUUUAGAACCCCUGCUACUGACUAGAUUCCCCCGUUCUUUUUUUAGCCCAGCCCUGCUACUGACUGAUAUCCCCCUUUUUUUUCCUUUUAAUCAGCCCUGUUUUAUGACGAUACCUCCUUUUUUCCCCUUUAGAUACCCUGUCUGAUAAACCCUCCUGUUUUUCCCCUUUUUAGAUCAGCCCUGCUACUGCUAGUUCCCUCUUUUCUUCUUUAGACCUGCUAUGACUAAUAUCCUCCUUUCCCCUUUUUUAACCAGCCCUGCUACUGACUAAUAUCCCCUGUUCUUCCUUUUUAACCAGCCCGCAAACCGCUAGAUAUCCUCCUGUUUUUUUCCCUUUUAGAUCACCCUGUACGACUAGAUACCCCCUGUUCUUUCCCUUUAGUCACCCUGCUAGAUUUAGUACCCUCCUUUUUUUCCCUUUAAUCCCCCCGCUAUUUGAUGGAUUUCCCCUCCUGUUCUCCCUUUUUAGACCACCCUGCUACUGACUGAUAUCCCCCUGUUCUUUUUUUAGAUCACCCGCUCUAAAAUUAUCCCCCUUUUUUUCCCUUUAGAUCCCCUCUACUACUAGAUAUCCCUCCUGUUCUCCCUUUAAGACCAGCCCUGCUCUGACUAGAUAGCCUCCUGUUCUUCCCUUGAAUCAGCCCUGCUACUGACUAGAUAUCCUCCUGUUCUUCCUUUAGAUCACCCCGCUAACUGACUAGAUCUCCUCCUGUUCUUUUCCUUUAGACCUGCUACUGACGAGAACCUCCUGGUUCUUACCCUUUUAGAUCGCCCUGCUAUUGACUCAUUGAACAUUAUUGCAUUGUUGUGUCUCACUGAUAGUAGCUUAUCUCAGACAAUACGUUACAUGCUUGUCUAUGGGACCAUAUUUGAAUAAGCACAGUAUCGGUUAUGGCAGAUGUUUGUUCCAUUUAACCCUGAAAAUAUUCAGAGACAACCGCGAGAGGAUAUAGUAGGUGAUAUUAUUAUUUUUCACAUGUACUUAUGCAGCCAUACUGUUGGGUGAAACAGAAAGGCUGAAUAAUGUUCCGUGGGAUUUGAUGUGUUUUUGUGUCGGUGACCGGCAUUAAUAGGCCAAAGGUCAUAUUUCUGUAUGAUUGAGCGCCCCUGUUGAGACCCUCAAACCCCCCCCCCCCCCCCCCCCCCCCCCCCCCCUCUCUCUCUCUCUCCGUCUACAGCUGACCCCCGGGGGUAAGGCCGUGCAGGCCGGUGUGGGCGUAGGAGAUUGGGUGGUGUCCAUUGGGGAGACCAACGCAGAAGACAUGACCCAUGUGGAGGCACAGAACAAGAUCAGAGCAGCAGAGCAGUCGCUCACCCUCACCCUCAGCAAGUAAGAUACUAUAACCAUACUAUACUCACCCUCAGCAAGUAAGAUACUAGAACCAUACUAUACUCACCCUCAACAAGUAAGAUAUUAUAACCAUACUAUACUCACCCUCAACAAGUAAGAUAUUAUAACCAUACUAGACUCACCCUCAGCAAGUAAGAUACUAUAACCAUACUAUACUCACCCUCAGCAAGUAAGAUACUAUAACCAUACUAUACUCACCCUCAGAAGAUAAGAUUAUAUAAUUAUACAAUACUGUAUACAGUGGCUUGCGUAAGUAUUCCCCCCCUUGGCAUUUUUCCUAUUUUGUUGCCUUACAACCUGGAAUUAAAAUUGAUUUUGGGGGGGUUUGUAUCAUUUGAUUUACACAACAUGCCUACCACUUUGAAGAUGCAAAAUAUGUUUUAUUGUGAAACAAGCUCCUUGGUCUUCAUGGUGCUGCUUGCUUGGUGGUCUUGCUUGGUGGUGCUGCUUGCUUGCUUGGUGGUGCUGCUUGCUUGGUGGUGUUGCAGACUCUGGGGCCUUUCAGAACAGGUGUGUGUGUAUAUACUGAGAUCAUGUGAAAGAUCAUGUGACACUUCGAUUGCACACAGGUGGACUUUAUUUAACUAAUUAUGUGACUUCUGAAGGUAAUUGGUUGCACCAGAUCGUAUUUAGGGGCUUCAUAGCAAAGGGGGUGAAUACAUAUGCACACACCACUUUUCAGUUAUUUUUUUUUUUCACUUCACCAAUUUGGACUAUUUUGUGUAUAUGUCCAUUUGAUGAAAUCCAAAUCAAAUUCAAUUUAAAUUACAGGUUGUAAUGCAACAAAAUAGGAAAAACGCCAAGGGGGAAGGAUACUUUUGCAAGGCGCUGUAUAUACCAUACUCUACUCACCCUCAGCACAUAAGAUGAUAUAAUUAUACCAUACUGUACAAUGCAUUUGGAAAGUAUUCAGACCCCUUGUUCCCCCCCCCACCCCACAUUUUGCUACGUUACAGCCUUAUUCUAAAAUGUAUUAAAUAUUUAUAUUUUUUCAUCAAUCUACACAUAAUACCCCAUAAUGACAAAGGGAAACAGGUUUUAGAAGUGUUUGGAAAUAACAAAAAUAUAAAAAUAAAAACCCACCUUUUUAUUUACAUAAGUAUUCAGACCAUUUGCUUUGAGACUUGAAAUUGAGCUCGGGUGCAUCCUGUUUCCAUUGAUCAUCCUUGAGAUGCUUCUCCAAUUGAUUGGAGUCCACCUAUGGUAAAUUCAAUUGUUUGGAUAUGAUUUGUAAAGGCACACACCUGUCUAUAUAAGGUCCCACAGUUGACAGUGCAUGUCAGAGCAAAAUCCAAGCCGUGAGGUCGAAGGAAUUGUCCGUAGAGUACUGAGACAGGAUUGUCGAGGCACAGAUCUAGGGAAGGGUACCAAAACAUUUCUGCAGCAUUGAAGGUCCCCAAGAACACAGUGGCCUCCUUCAUUCUUAAAUGGAAGAAAUGUGGAACCACCAAGACUCUUCCUAGAGCUGGCCGCCCGGCCAAACUGAGCAAUCGGGGGAGAAGGGCCUUGGUCAGGGAGGUGACCCUGAACUCGAUGGUCACUCUGACAGAGUUUCUCUGUGGAGAUGGGAGAAACUUCCAGAAGGACAACCAAUCAGGCCUUUAUGGUAGAGGGGUCAGACAGAAGCCACUCCUCAGUAAAAGGCACAUGACAGCCCGCUUGGAGUUUGCCAAAAGGCACCUAAAGGACUCUGACCAUGAGAAACCAGAUUCUCUGGUCUGAUGAAACCAAGAUUGAACUCUUUGGCCUGAAUGCCAAGCGUCAUGUCUGGAGGAAACCUGGCACCAUCCCUAUGGUGGUGGUGGUGGUAGCAUCAUGCUGUGGGGAUGUUUUUCAGCGGCAGGGACUGGGAGACUAGUCAGGAUCGAGGGAAGGAUGAAAAUAGUUAUUUCUUAGUGUAGAUUGAUGAGGGGAAAAAACAUUUUUAACCAAUUUUAAAAUAAGGCUGUAAUGUAACAAAAUGUGGAAAAAGUCAAGGGGUCUGAAUACUUUCUGAAGGCACUGUAUCUACCAUACUAUACUCAUCCCAGCAAGUAAGAAUAAUACUAUAUACUAUACUCUCACUUACCCUCGGCAAGAACAAAUCCUACCGAACAAUAAUACUAUACUAUAUUAUACUGAUUAUAUACUAUAUUAUGCCCACUGUACCAUGCCAGAAUAUACCAUGCAUACUAAACCAUAAAACAUCAUGAAAGAACCCACCACACACAGGAAGGAUUCAUUAUAACAAACGCACAGCAGUGAUAAUUUCUCCCAGCUAGCAAGAUCAUACACCCACAGAAACACAAUGCAUUAUUUAGACUGAAUGCAGUACAGAGGAGUGGCUCGUGAUGUCUUGCUUUCUAAUUCAAUUGGAAAAUCCAUUCAAUGAGAUUUAAAUCACUUUGAAAGUAAAAUUAGAUUUGCUUGGCUUUAUUUAGCUGAGUUAUUUUGAUCCGGACUGGGGUUGGGUAACGUUCUCCUCCUACGCCAGAGAACAUACCUGCUAGCUACAGAGGCACCCCAGUAUUGCCAUCUAUUAUAUCUAUAUUGUAUCUGAACAACAACUUCUCCCUCAAUGAGAUGAUCUACUACAGGAAAAGGAGGGCAGAACACGCCCCAAUUCACAUCCACUGGGCUGUAGUGGAGCAGGUUGAGAGCUUCAAGUUCCUUGGUGUCCACAUCACCAACAUACUAACAUUGUCCAAGCACAACAACACCGUCGUGAAGAGGGCACAACAACGUCUAUUCCCCCUCAGGAGACUGAAAAGAUUUGGCAUGGGUCCUCAGAUCCUCAAAAAGUUCUACAGCUGCACCAUCGAGAGCAUCCUGACUGGUUGCAUCACCGCUUGGUACGGCAACUGCUCGGCCUCCGACCGCAAGGCACUACAGAGGGCAGUGUGUAUGGCCCAGUACAUCACUGGGGCCAAGCUUCCUGCCAUUAUUAUCCAGGACCUCUAUACCAGGCGGUGUCAGAGGAAGGCCCUAAAAAUGGUCAGACUCCAGCCACCCUAGUAAUAGACUGCUACUGCACAGCAAGCGGUACCGGAGCGCCAAGUCUAGGUCCAAAAGGCUUCUUAACAGCUUCUACCUCCAAGCCUUAAGACUGCAGAACAGCUAAUCAAAUGGCUACCCAGACUAUUUGGAUUGACCCCCCCCCCCCCCCCCUUUUUUUAUGCUGCUGCUACUUGCUAUCUCAACCCUAGUCUUCGUGCAGACACAGGCAGGGGGUAUUUAUGCACUGCUUCCAUUGGAAACAGAAAGGCAACCGGAAAUCCAGUGACGGAUCUGAAUCUAAGUGCUCUCGAGGCAAUUUAUCACAAAUUGUCUCCACCACAAAAGAGAGAACAAAAUGACUGAGCUCCUUUUUUGAGAUCAAGGCACUGAAACCUUCAAGGGGAUAUGUGCUUCCUACCAACUGAAGUGGCUAUCCCUAACAAAUCAAUGUAACACAUGUACCAGUACUUAAAAACCCCCAAUGAUUAGGAAAUAGGCACAAACAAAUGGCUUUGUAGACCAACACACAGGGGACAAAGGCUGCUUCCCUUCCAGCAUCCACCAAAACAAAACCACUAAAGCUUACACAAUCAAGGAAAAACCCUGAAAAAAAAUGAAUGCAUGAGACUCUUAAAGUUUGGCUUUAACAAAGACUACCAAACAAAUAGUACCACGUUGCAUUCUAAGAACUGUAGCAACAUAGUAGAACCCAAAUUUGGCACAAAUUACUACCCCUACAAGGUGCUCCAAGCUGACCGUGAACAAAACGUAAACCAAACAAAACUAAUUAGGCAAAUAACAUACCACCAAAACCUCAGAUUGGACGAGCCCCCACUGUGUUACGACCUGGCUCAUAUAGUUCGUAACAUCAAAGGGAGAGCACAAAUGACUUAAAUGUAAAAGGAAUACUUUUUUAAUGAGAGGGAGAGAGAGGGAGAGAUUUAAAAUUUGGCAGUACUAUUUAUAAACUGACUGACGGGCCAAAACAGGACAUAGUCUAAAACAUUUCAAAAAGUUCCUGAAAUGUUAUGAACGACACCCUGUACCAACACCUCUUUUUUGGUGAACUGUAUCUUUUAAACAAACAUUGUGCUUGACCUUAAAGGUUAUGUGGCAGGUGUGUACCAUGCAUAAGCAUUUUUAAAAACCUUUUUGUGUGACUAUACAGUAUAUGCGGUGAUACUGUAGGCCUAGUUUUCUGUAACUGUACGGAUAUUUGUAUUUAUUAUGGAUCCCCAUUAGUUCCUGCCAAGGCAGCAGCAACUCUUCCAGGGGUCCAGCAAAAUUAAGGCAGUUCAUACAAUUUUUAAACAUUACAAUACAUUCACAGAUUUCACAACACACUGUGUGCCCUCAGGCCCCUACUCUACUACCACAUAUCUACAGUACAAUAUCCAUGUGUACGUGUGUGUAUAGUGCAUAUGUUAUUGUGUGUGUGUGUGUGUAUGUAUGUGUCUGUGCCUAUGUUUGUGUUGAUUCACAGUCCGCGCUGUUCCAUAAGGUGUAUUUUUAUGUUUUUUCAAAUCUGAUUCUACUGCUUGCAUCAGUUACCUGAUGUGGAAUAGAGUUCCAUGUAGUCAUGGCUCUAUGUAGUACUGUGCGCCUCCCAUAGUCUGUUCUGGACUUGGGGACUGUGAAGAGACCUCUGGUGGCAUGUCUUGUGGGGUAUGCAUGGGUGUCUGAGCUGUGUGCUAGUCGUUGAAACAGACAGCUCGGUGCACCCAACAUGUCAACACCUCUCAUAAACACAAGUAGUGAUGAAGUCAAUCUCUCCUCCACUUUGAGCCAGGAGAGAUUGACAGACAUAUUAUUGUUAGCUCUCUGUGUACAUCCAAGGGCCAGCUGUGCUGCCCUGUUCAGAGCCAAUUGUAAUUUUCUCUCUUUGUGGCAUCUGACGACACGACUGAACAGUAGUCCAGGUGUGACAAAACUAGGGCCUGUAGGACCUGCCUUGUUGAUGGUUAUUAUUAAGAAGGCAGAGCAGCCCUUUAUUAUGGACAUGAACUGUGUUAUUCAACUACAUGUCGAGCAAAACAUCUUUAUCGUGUGGCUCAGUUGGUGCUUGCAAUCCCAGGGUUGUGGGUUCAAUUCCCACGAGGGACCAGUACGAAAAAUGUAUGCACUCACAUCCCUGUAAGUCACUCAGGAUAAAAGCUAAAUGACUAAAAUGUCAAUGUAAUGUCUGUGUACAUGCUGUUGAUGAUGUUGUGAAUAAAUGGGUCACCGCUGUGCUCUGUUUGAUUGUGUGUCGGGUUUCUCAGUCUCAGGCGGUGGUUAUAAUUGAUUAGGCAGGUCUGUACUAGUCGGUAGUGAAUCUGAUGUCACACGGACAUGUCUCUCUCGCCACAGUUUCCUCCCCGCGUAACCCAACUCCUUCUAAAGAAGAACUAUUGAAUAUAACACUGAUUUCUCCUCCUACCCGUGACACUCGCCCCCCUCUCUUCCUACUCCUCCGUGACACUCGCCCCUCUCUUCCUACUCCUCCGUCACAACAGACAAUAAAGCUCCCGUUGAGUUGCAUUUUGGCUGGAACACGUCUCUUAGUGCAGGAGCUGUUCUAUCCUUGUUGUCUUUCUCUCAGGGUUCCACAGUUUAGUUUUCAGAUGAGUUAGGAGGACAGUUUUAUGACUGAAUAUUGGUGUGUUGGCUUUGGUUUGGGGCCUAGUUUUAUAUCCCAUGGCUAUGAUAAAGUAUUAUCCUAGUUUUAGGAUGUGGUCCUUUUGUAGCUCAGUUGAUAGAGCAUGGUGCUUGUAACGCCAGAGUAGUGUGUUCGAUUCCCAAACAUGUCUAACAAUCUGUUUUCGCUUUGUCAUUAUGGGGUAUUGUGUGUAGAUUGAGAGGAAAAAAUAAUUUUAAUCUAUUUUGUCAUGUGGAAAAAGUCAAGGGGUGAGUACUUUCCGAAGGCACUGUAUAUACAGGGAGUACCAGAUCAAUGUGGAGCUAUAUACAGGGAGUACCAGUACCAGAUCAAUGUGGUACCAGUACCGGAUCAAUGUGGAGCUAUAUACAGGGAGUACCAGUACCAGAUCAAUGUGGAGCAAUAUACAGGGAGUACCAGUACCAGAUCAAUGUGCAGAGGUACUAGGUAUUUGAAGGCAGGGUAAAGUGACUAGGCAUCAGGAUAGAUAAUACUAAGAUAUUUGAGGUAGAUAUGUACAUGAAGGCAUGGUAAAGAUGGCGUAGCAGUGCGGUCGUGUACUCUAGUGUGUCCGUGUAAAUAGCCUGUUUUUUUUUCUUUUGUCUCUUUUUCGUAUAUAUUUCUCAAUCACACUUUUCAUCCUUCUACAAAAUAUACUUUCCUGCAACCCGCCUCACCCAAUGUGAAACAGAUUCUAUUAUUUAUUUUACCUUUUUAUCCAGAACCUCCAGUUGAAACUAGCCAGCUAACUAGCUACUUGCUAUUAGCCACCGGUAGCGUUUUUCACCAUUGUCCGUGGCCUGCACUACCUACCAGCCAGCUCUAGUCUGGACUAUUAUCGGCCAGUCUGCACAGCGCGCUAUCGACCAAGAACAUAUCGGAUUUUCUGCCGGAAUCACUGGACAUUAACACCGGAUCAUCGCAACUAGCUAGCUGCAACCGAAUGGAUGUUGUUGGCUAAUCACCACUCAUCACCACUGCCCCCGACGCAAGCACCAGUUAGCCUUGAGCUAGCCUCGAGCCACACCCAUCUCCCGGCUAUCUACCUCUCUGUCAACCGGACAGGACCUCCUAGUGUCGACACGGAGCCCCACCGAUCCAUCACGACUGGUCUGCCGACAUAAUCGUCUGAUGUGGUUUCAACAGGCUUCCCUUUGUGACGACCACGAAGAUCCAUUUAGCCUCAGCCCAAACUUUCGUCGCCAUUACCAGUUGUUGUCUUAGCCCUCUCUAAUAACACCUGUGAUUGCUUUAUGCCUCUCUCCCAUGUCAAUAUGCCUUGCCUGUUGCUGUUCCGGUUAGUUCUUAUUAUACAAUUUCACUGUAGAGCCCCCAGUCCCGCUCAACCAGCCUCAGAGCUCCUUUGUCCCACCCCCCAUACACGCGGAGACCGGCUUAAUCGGUGCCUCCAGUGAUGCUAUCUCUUUCAUCGUUACCCAACGCUUAGGUUUACCUCCACUGUACUCAUAUCCUUCCAUAUCCUUGUCUGUACAUAAUGCCCUGAAUCUAUUCUACAACGCCCGGAAAUCUGCCCCUUUAAUUCUCUGUACCCAACGCACUAGAAGACCGGUUCUUAAAGCCUUUAGCCGUAUCCUUAUUCUACUCCUCCUCUGUUCCUCUGUUGAUGUAGAGGUUAACCCAGGCCCUGUAGCCCCCAGUAUCACUCCUGCUCCCCAGGCGCUAUCAUUUGUUGACUUCUGUAACCGUAAAAGCCUUGUUUUUUUUGCAUGUUAACAUCAGAAGCCUCCUCCCUAAGUUUGAGUUACUCACUGCAUUAGCACACUCCGCCAACCCUGAUGUUCUAGCAGUGUCUGAAUCCUGGCUUAGGAAGACCACCAAAAACUCUGAAAUUUCCAUCCCCAACUACAACAUUUUCCGUCUAGAUAGAACUGCCAAAGGGGGCGAGUUGCAAUCUACUGUAGAGAGAGCCUGCAGAGCUCUAUCAUACUAUCCAGGUCUGUGCCCAAACAGUUUGAGCUUCUACUUCUAAAAAUCCACCUUUCCAGAAAUACAUCUCUCACUGUUGCCGCUUGCUACAGACCCCCCUCAGCCCCCAGCUGUGCCCUGGACACCAUAUGUGAAUUGAUUGCCCCCCAUCUAUCCUCAGAGAUCGUACUGCUUGGUGACCUAAACUGGGAUAUGCUUAACACCCCGGGCGUCCUACAAUCUAAACUAGAUGCCCUCAAUCUCACACAAAUUAUCAAGGAACCUACCAGGUACAACCCUAAAUCUGUAAACAUGGGCACCCUCAUAGAUAUCAUCCUGACUAAUUUACCCUCUAAAUACACCUCCGCUGUCUUCAACCAGGAUCUCAGCGAUCACUAUGGGUCCGCGGUCAAACGACCACCCCUCAUCACUGUCAAAUGCUCCCUAAAACACUUUAGCGAACAGGCCUUUCUAAUUGACCUGGCCCGGGUAUCCUGGAUGGAUAUUGACCUCAUUCCGUCAGUAGAGGAUGCCUGGAUGUUCUCAAAAGUGCUUUCUUCUCCAUCUUAAAUAAGCAUGCCCCAUUCAAAAAAUUCUGAACUAAGAACAGAUAUAGCCCCUGGUUCACCCCAGACUUGACUGCCCUUGACCAGCACAAAAACAUCCUGUGGCGUACUGCAUUAGCAUUGAACAGCCCCCACGAUAUGCAUUUUUUCUGGGUAGUCAGGAACCAAUAUACACAAUCAGUCAGGAAAGCAAAGGCUAGCUUUUUCAAACAGAAAUCUGCAUUCUGUAGCACUAACUCCAAAACAUUUUGAGACGCUGUAAAGUCCAUGGAGAAUAAGAGCACCUCCUCCCAGCUGCCCACUGCACUGAGGCUAGGAAACACUGUCACCACCGAUAAAUCUACGAUAAUCGAGAAUUUCAAUAAGCAUUUUGCUACGGCUGUCCAUGCUUUCCACCUGGCUACCCCUACACUGGCCACCAGCUCUGUCCCCCCCCCCCCCCCCCCCCCCCCCCCCCCCCCCCCCCCCUGCAUCUCCUUCACCCACAUCCAGAUAGCUGAUGUUCUGAAAGAGCUGCAAAAUCUGGACCCCUACAAAUCAGCUGGGCUAGACAAUCUGGACCCUUUUCUUUCUAAAAUUAGCAGCCGAAAUUGUAGCAACCCCUAUUACCAGCCUGUUCAACCUCUCUUUCGUAUCGUCUGAGAUCCCCAGAGAUUGGAAAGCUGCUGCGGUCAUCCACCUCUUCAAAGGAGGUGACACUCUAGAUCCAAAUUGUUACAGACCUAUAUCCAUCCUGCCCUGCCUUUCGAAAGUAUUUGAAAGCCAAAUUAACAAACAGAUCACCAUCCAUUUCGAAUCCAACUGUACCUUCUCCGCUAUGCAAUCUGGUUUCCGAGCUGGUCAUGGGUGCACCUCAGCCACGCUAAAGGUCCUAAACGAUAUUAUAACCGUGAUCGAUAAAAGACAGUACUGUGCAGUCGUCUUCAUCGACCUGGCCAAGGCUUUCGACUCUGUCAAUCACUGCAUUCUUAUUGGCAGACCUAAAUAGCCUGGGUUUCUCAAAUGACUGCCUCGCCUGGUUCACCAACUACUUCUCAGAUAGAGUUCAAUGUGUCAAAUCGGAGGGCCUGUUGUCUGGACCUCUGGCAGUCUCUAUGGGGGUGCCACAGGGUUCAAUUCUCGGGCCGACUCUAUUCUCUGUGUAUGUCAAUGAUGUCGCUCUUGCUGCUGGUGACUCUCAGAUCCACCUCUAUGCAGACAAUACCCUUUUGUAUACAUCUGGCCCUUCAUUGGACACUGUGUUAACAAACCUCCAAACGAGCUUCAAUGCCAUAAAGCACUCCUUCCGUAGCCUCCAACUGCUCUUAAACGCUAGUAAAACUAAAUGCCUGCUCUUCAAUCGAACGCUGCUUGCACCCGCCUGCCCGACUAGAAUCACUACUCUCGGCGGGUCUGACUUAGAAUAUGUGGACAACUACAAAUACCUAGGUGUCUGGUUAGACCGUAAACUCUCCUUCCAGACUCACAUUAAGCAUCUCCAAUCCAAAGUGAAAUCUUGAAUCGGCUUCCUAUUUUGCAACAAAGCCUCCUUCACUCAUGCUGCCAAACAUGCCCUCGUAAAACUGACUAUCCUGCCGAUCCUUGACUUCGGCAAUGUCAUUUACAAAAUAGCCUCCAACACUCUACUCAGCAAAUUGGAUGUAGUCUAUCACAGUGCCAUCCGUUUUGUCACCAAAGCCCCAUAUACUACCCACCAUUGUGACCUGUACGCUGUCGUUGGCUGGCCCUCACUACAUAUUCGUCGCCAAACCCACUGGCUCCAGGUCAUCUAUAAAUCACUGCUAGGCAAAUCCCCGCCUUAUCUUAGCUCAUUGGUCACCAUUGCAACACCCACCCGUAGUAUGCGCUCCAGCAGGUAUAUCUCAUUGGUCAUCCCCAAAGCCAACACCUCCUUUGGCCGCCAUUCCUUCCAGUUCUCUGCUGCAAAUGACUGGAACGAAUUGCAAAAAUCUCUGAAGCUGGAGACACUUAUCUCCCUCACUAACUUUAAGCAUCAGUUGUCAGAGCAGCUUACCGAUCACUGCACCUGUACACAGCCCAUCUGAAAUUAGCCCACCCAACUACCUCAUCCCCCAUAUUGUUAUUUAUUUUGCUCAUUUGCACUCCAGUAUCUCUAUUUGCACAUCUUCUUCUGCACAUCUAUCACCCCAGUGUUAAUACUAAAUUGUAAUUAUUUUGCACUAUGGCCUAUUUAUUGCCUUACCUCCAUAACUUACUACAUUUGCACACACAGUAUAUAGAUUUUAUUUUGUGUUAUUGACUGUAUGUUUUGUUUUAUCCCAAGUGUAACUCUGUGUUGUUUUUAUCGCACUGCUUUGCUUUAUCUUGGCCAGGUCGCAGUUGUAAAUGAGAACUUGUUCUCAACUGGCUGGUUAGUGUUACCAACUGGCUUACCUGGUUAAAUAAAGGUGGGAAAAAAAAAAAAUGACUGACUAGGCAUCAGGAUAGAUAAUAAUAAGGUAUUUGAGGUAGAUAUGUACAUGAAGGCAGGGUAAAGUGACUAGGCAUCAGGAUAGAUAAUAAUAAGGUAUUUGAGGUAGAUAUGUACAUGAAGGCAGGGUAAAGUGACUAGGCAUCAGGAUAGAUAAUACUAAGGUAUUUGAGGUAGAUAUGUACAUGAAGGCAGGGUAAAGUGACUAGGCAUCAGGAUAGAUAAUACUAAGGUAUUUGAGGUAGAUAUGUACAUGAAGGCAGGGUAAAGUGACUAGUCAUCAGGAUAGAUAAUAAUAAGGUAUUUGAGGUAGAUAUGUACAUGAAGGCAGGGUAAAGUGACUAGGCAUCAGGAUAAAAAAAAAAAAAAAAUAAUAAUAAUAAUACAAGUAAAAUAAAGACCUGAGUAGCAGCAGCAUGUAAAGUGUGUGCAUAUGAAGUUUGUAUGUCUGUCUAGUGAGUCAGUGCAGGAAUGUUAAAGGAUAGAGACGGAGGACAGUGGUGUCAGAGGGUUAGAAUGAAUGGGAUGCCUGUGGUGGGGCACUACCAUUAUAAAGCCUAGAGAAUGAUGAUCUGAAUGUGAGGUACCCUACCCAUAUAGGGCCUCAGUGUUGGGUAGUAAUGGUGGUUCACUUUUACUAUUUUUAGGAGACAAGGUGUAAUUCUAACCUUGGAUAUUUUGGAUUUGUCACGACCGUCUUGAAAUGAAGCGGGCCAAGGCGCAGCGUUGAAUGCGUACAUAUUAUUUAUUAAACAGAUCACACGAUCAAAACAACGAACGAAACGUGAAGUCCUUCGAUACACACAAACCAAAAGGAACAAGAAACCACAACCACAAAGUGAAAACAGACAGUUUAAAUAUGGCUCCCAAUCAGAGACAACCAGAAAACAGCUGACACUCGUUGCCUCUGAUUGGGAGUCACUUAGGCCAACACAGAAAACAACAACCUAGAAAACCCAACAUAGAAACAACCCACACAGAACGAACACACCCUGGCUCAACAUACAGAGUCCCGGAGCCAGAGCGUGACAGUACCCCCCCCUAAAGGCGCGGACUGCGACCGCGCCUCAAAAAUAGCAAAACAGGGGAGGGCUGGGUGGGCAUACUUCCUCGGUGGCGGUUCCGGCUCCGGGCUUGACCACCACCCCUCCAUAAUCCCCCCGUAGCGCCCCUGAUCCGGUCUGACCCCGCUGGCUGGAUCUGGACUGGACAUCGACGGAGCAGAUUGCUUAACCUCCGUUGUGGAGCAGCUGACCUGUACCUGAUCAGGCACCGGACUGACGACGCGCACCCCUGGCUUGGCGCGUGAGGCAGGAACGGACCGGACCUGGCUGACGAUGCGCACCCCUGGCUCGGUGCGUGGAGCAGCAACGGACCGGACCGGGCUGACGAUACGCACCCCUGGCUUGGUGCGUGGAGCCGGAACGGGCCUCACCGGACUGACUGCUCGCAUCCCUGGCUUGGUGCGAGUAGCAGGAACAGGCCGGACCGGGCUGGCGACGCGCACCGUAGGUUUGGUGCGAGUGGCAUGAACAGGCCGGGUCGGGCUGGCGACGCGCACCGUAGGUUUGGUGCGAGUGGCAGGAACAGGCCGGGUCGGGCUGGCGACGUGCACCGUAAACUUGGUGCGGGUGGCAGGAACAGGCCGGACAGAGCUGACGAAACGCACCACAGACUUGGUGCGGGGAGCAGGAACAGGCCGGACAGGGCUGACGACGCGCACCACAGACUUGGUGCGGGGAGCAGGAACAGGCCGGGCCGGGCUGACGACACGCACCACAGGCUCGAUGCGAGGAACAGGAACAGGCCGGACCGUACUGGGGACACACACCACUGGCCCUACGCAGGGAUCAGGAACGGGCCGGACCGGACUGGUAACACACCCCAGUACCUCUCGCCGUGCCUCCACACUUUCCCUCUCCUCUGUGACCGGUGGCCCCCUUAACCUGGCGGCCCUCUCUGCCAACCUUCUGCACCACUCUAUCCCGUACUCCUGCUGCCCCGUCGUCCACGGCGUGAGCCCCCCCCUAAAACAUUUCUGGGCUUGUCUCUCCCCCGUGGACCAGGCCUCCAUGGUUCUCGUCCAAUUCUCUCUCCACUUUUCGUAAUUCCAGCCUUUCUCCUCAUCACGCUGCUUGACCCAGUCGUGGUGGUUUCUUCUGUCACGACCGUCUUGAAAUGAAGCGGGCCAAGGCGCAGCGUUGAAUGCGUACAUAUUAUUUAUUAAACAGAUCACACGAUCAAAAUAAUGAACGAAACGUGAAGUCCUUCGAUACACACAAACCAAAAGGAACAAGAAACCACAACCACAAAGUGAAAACAGACAGUUUAAAUAUGGCUCCCAAUCAGAGACAACCAGCUGACACUCGUUGCCUCUGAUUGGGAGUCACUUAGGCCAACACAGAAAACAACAACCUAGAAAACCCAACAUAGAAACAACCCACACAGAACGAACACACCCUGGCUCAACAUACAGAGUCCCGGAGCCAGAGCGUGACAGGAUUAGUGUAUGUUUAACACUUUUUUAAAUCGAGACAAAUAUGAAUUUGUUUGUGAUGGAUUUAGUUCAGUGCAUUUUCGGACACCAAAAAGCCAGAUUUGAUUAUGGUAACUAAGCGUACAUAAUAUUUACUCUGCAUCAAGCGACUUCUUCAAAACUAACCAAAGUUAUAAUAAAAACAAACUAUACACCAGUCUAGUAUACAUAGAAUUUCCUGCAAAUUAAACUAAAUUAGACCCUGAAAAGUUGACGCUUCUAUUUCAGAACUGUUCCCAAAAGCCCAUAUUGAAGUCCAUAUGGAAAUGCAACAAACUGCUAUUUUUAUGCAGAAUAAAGAACUUAAACUUUCAGAAGUUUUGAGGUCGAGAGAUUUUUAAGUUUAAUUUCAAAUGCAGAAAAUGAUACAUUCAGACUUACAGUUGAAGUCGGAAGUUUACAUAAACUUAGGUUGGAGUCAUUUAAACUCGUUUUUCAACCACUCCACAAGUUCUUGUUAACAAGCUAUAGUUUUGGCAAGUCGGUUAGGACAUCUACUUUGUGCAUGACACAAGUAAUUUUUCCAACAGUUGUUUAGACAGAUUAUUUCACUUAUAAUUCACUGUAUCACAAUUCCAGUGGAUCAGAAGUUUACAUACACUAAGUUGACUGUGCCUUUAAAAAGCUUGGAAAAUUCCAGAAAAUGAUGUCAUGGCUUUAGAAGCUUCUGAUAGGCUAAUUGACAUCCAUUUGAUUCAAUUGGAGGUGUACCUGUGGAUGUAUUUCAAGGCCUACCUUCAAACUCAGUGCCUCUUUGCUUGACAUCAUGGGAAAAUCAAAAAAUUAUAGACCUCCACAAGUCUGGUUCAUCCUUGGGAGCAAUUUCCAAAUGCCUGAAGGUACCACAUUCAUCUGUACAAACAAUAGUACGCAAGUAUAAACACCAUGGGACCACACAGCCGUCAUAUGUGGAUAUAUUGAAGCAACGUCUCAAGACAUCAGUCAGGAAGUUAAAGCUUGGUCGCAAAUGGGUCUUCCAAAUGGACAAUGACCCCAAGAAUACUUCCAAAGUUGUGGCAAAAUGGCUUAAGGGCAACAAAGUCAAGGUAUUGGGGUGGCCAUCACAAAGCCCUGACCUCAAUCCUAUAGAAAAUGUGUGCGAGCAAGGAGGCCUACAAACCUGACUCAGUUACACCAGCUCUGUCAGGAGGAAUGGGCCAAAAUUCACCCAACUUAUUGUGGGAAGCUUGUGGAAGGCUACCCGAAACGUUUGACCCAAGUUAAACAAUUUUAAAGGCAAUGCUACCAAAUACUAAUUGAGUGUAUGUAAACUUUUGACCCACUGGGAAUGUGAUGAAAGAAAUAAAAGCUGAAAUAAAUAAUUCUCUCAACUAUUAUUCUGACAUUUCACAUUCUUAAAAUAAAGUGGUGAUCCUAACUGACCUAAGACAGGGAAUUUUUACUAGGAUUAAAUGUCAGGAAUUGUGAAAUACUGAGUUGAAAUGUAUUUGGCUAAGGUGUAUGUAAACUUCCGACUUCAACUGUAUGUAAAUGAAGGAUUUCUAGGAUCUACCACUGUGGCGUUCUAACACUAUUUUCUAAUCUUUCAGAGCUUUCCAUGCGGGUGGCGAUCAGAAGGUAAGAGUGUCUGCCUUGCAUCCCAAACACCACCAUAUUCCCUAUAUAGUGCACUACUCUAUCAGGGCUCAGGUCAAAAGUAGUAACCUACACAUGGAAAAGGGUUUCAGAUUCACAUUUUAAUGUCUGUGUUAACUCACACCUCUGAAACCCUGUGACGGUGAUGCUUCUGCAAUGUGAAUGAACAGAUCCCUGUCUUCACUAGGCAGUGAAUAAACAGUCGGUCAAGUCCUAUCUAGUUCAUAGUCCAAACAUUUAUUACGCUCUAUGACAGUGCUUACAUACAGUUUUCCCUACAGCCUGUUAAUAUUGUGGUGUCAGAUGAGAGGAAUUCACUUUUGUGUUUUGGCUCCUAGUGGCCUCUCAACAACCUACACCAUCGCCUUGCAUCUAAAGUCGUUCAGUCAUUGUGAUUCAAUCCCCCAUCGGGCUGUCAGCUGGUUCAUAGCACACAUUGCACAAGCAGCAGCCAGUUAUACGUUUGUUUGUUUGUUGAGGUGAAAUGAUUAUAGUAUUAGUUAUACACGUGAGUGGCCCUAAAGAGCACAAUCCCAGACUCAAUAAUAUGUGAAAGGCAACAAUAAUGUUAUCAUGACACUUUUUCAUUUCAACCCAAUGUAUUCAUUAUCAUGCGACGUUCAUAGUUCAAGCCCUAUUAUGGAAAUGCAGUAUUAUUUCCAUCGAAGGCAGUACAAUGAAACAUCUUACCCCUAGUGGACAUUGUGUCAGACACAAUGAGAAAUCCCAGCUGAGGAAAACACUGUUCAACUCAAAGUUCAGUGAACAUUUUGGAAAUCUAUUUAAGUGUUAAGUGUCAUAGCCAAGCUAACAGAGACCGAGGAAGAACCUUAGUGGGACAAACUCCAGCUUUGCAAGAUAAACGUAGUUGCUUUCCAAAUGGCACCCUAUUCCCUAUAUAGUGCACUGCUAUGGGUAGUCAAUGGGUCAAAAGUAUUAUAGUGAAAUGGGGUACCAUCUGGGAUGCAGGCCGUGAGUCACACGUCUUCCCUCCACACAGAGAGACCGAGCUGGCCUUGGCAAGGCCCUGAUCUUGCAACACAUACUGAUGUUAUGAGUCAUGUUGAGGCUAACAGAGUUGGUUUUCAGCAGAUAUGGGAUUGAUACAGUACACUACACUUAGCUAGGGCUCUCACAAUUUAUGCACACGUGUGUGUGUGUGUGUGUGUGUGUGUGUUUGUCUAACUGCAUGUUAUUUGCUGUGGUUUUUGCCCCUGUGUCUCCCCCCCUCUCUCACACCCUGUAGGAUUCGCUCGCCCCCGCCUACGUUCAGCCCAAAUACUCCUUUGCCCCCAGCACCGCUAUCAACAAGAUGGCGCGGCCAUUCACGCCGGGCGGCGGUAACACGGUCAUUAAACCGGUGGCGUACGCCCCUAAAGUAAACACCCCGGCCUCAACGGCCCGCACCAGCAUGCUACAGCCACACAACGGGUAGGUACACAACAAACAAACAAACAAACAAACAAACAAACACAAAGCCUCCGCUGGGAGAGAACAGACCAAAUGUUUUCACUGUAUUUGAGUUCUGAAACAAGUCACUCUGGGUUCCUGUGGAAGGUAUACAUUUAGUAUACAUUUCAGCUCUGAGUCAUUCAGGUAACUCUGGGGAGGAGACAUUUCUGACUGCACCUUUAAGAGUGAAGGUUGAGUUGCAGUAAGAUUGAUGAUCUGAUCAGAAGAGUCCUUCUCCUGGUCUGUUGGGAGCAGACUGUUGAGUAGAAUACAGGAAAUAAAAUGGACUUCCAUCAGCCAAAGGCUUCAACUGUGUCUUAUUGGCUAGAGGGAGAACAUUCUCUUUGUCUUAUUGGCUAGAGGGAGAACAUUCUAUUUUGUCUUAUUGGCUAGAGGGAGAACAUUCUCUUUGUCUUAUUGGCUAGAGGGAGAACAUUCUAUUUUGUCUUAUUGGCUAGAGGGAGAACAUUCUCUUUGUCUUAUUGGCUAGAGGGAGAACAUUCUCUUUGUCUUAUUGGCUAGAGGGAGAACAUUCUCUUUUGUCUUAUUGGCUAGAGGGAGAACAUUCUCUUUUGUCUUAUUGGCUAGAGGGAGAACAUUCUCUUUUGUCUUAUUGGCUAGAGGGAGAACAUUCUCUUUUGUCUUAUUGGCUAGAGGGAGAACAUUCUCUUUUGUCUUAUUGGCUAGAGGGAGAACAUUCUCUUUUGUCUUAUUGGCUAGAGGGAGAACAUUAUCUUUUGUCUUAUUGGCUAGAGGGAGAACAUUCUCUUUUGUCUUAUUGGCUAGAGGGAGAACAUUCUCUUUUGUCUUAUUGGCUAGAGGGAGAACAUUCUCUCCACAUGUAGUCAUUAUUCCUGCGUUUAACAUUCCUAAGCGACCAAUAUGUACAUCUGUCUAAAAGUUCCAAGAGUUCUUUCUCAUUUAGUUCUGGAGGAUGAACCGUGGUGUGUUCUCCAGACCAGAGGUUCCCAAACCUUUUCACUCAGGUCCCCCUUCCAUCAUUGGGGAACAUCCCGCACCCCGGGGAUGUUUUUGGAACUCAACGCGCCCCCUAUUUCUAAAGCCUCUGUCCAUGACUGCGUCCCAAAUGUCACCCUAUUCCCUAUAUAGUGCACUACUUUUGACCAGGGGGGCUCUGGUCAAAAGUAGUGCACUAUAUAGGGAAUAGGGUGCCAUUUGGGACUAAUAAAUGAUUUCAUCUCUGGCUUGCGUUAACCAGCUGUGAACUGCUCCGUUCUGUUAACAAACUGUAACAUGUUGUAAGACUGACAUCACGUCUGACGUAGAAGUCAUGGCUUUCAGCAGUUUUAUUUCCUCCUCUUCCAAACCGGCCAAGUACUGUAGUUAAGUGUUCACACGAUACACACCACGGAGAAUAGACAACCUGUAUACUGCUUUACAAGGGUUUCAGAUGUUCUAUGUCGGGCCGAAAGGACCCUUAAGGGAAAAGCCACAUGGAUUUAAUGUGAUCUAAUGUGAAGUUCAUGUGAUAACAUGGGAAAACAUGUAAAGCAACGUGUGGUUUCAUGUUAUCACAUGUGAAGCGUUCCAAAAACACGUCUUCACAUGAUUUUACAUGUGAAAUUUCACGUGAGAAUCAUGUGGUUUUUCCUGUAAGGGGAGUACUUUUCUCCUAUAACAUGACUUGGCCUGUGUCCUUAAUGACACCCUAUUCUCCCUAUACACUGAUUGUACAAAACAUUAAGGGCACUUGCUCUUUCCUUUUUGGGUGUAGGCAACUUAAUGGUUUGUACACUCCGUGUAUAGCUCUGGUCAAAAGUAGUGCACUAUAUAGUAAAUUCUCCACAGGGUGGUCAGACCAGGCGUUACUGUACGGUUUUUACAAAUCUUGGUUGGAAGAUUCCUGGAAUCAGGAGGGAAUAUGUAGGAAAUCCAGAAUUCUCUGAUCAGGAUUUCUGGAAAACCAGUCAGUUUUUGGGAAAGUUUUGAAGGAUUUUGCAACCCUUGUUCCAUGCCUGAUACUUGGUACACGGUCUACGGUCACCGUGGUGUGUCGGGGGAUGGGAUAGGAUGGGGUUUAAGGUCUGACGAGGUUUUGGCGAGGUCUAGAUGUUGUCUGUGGCUGCAUUUAGCCGUGCCGUGCCGUGCUGUGCUCAGGACCCCUCCCGUAGAAUCUGCUGAGCUGUCAGAAUGGUUUUACUGUGGCGGUGCUGCGUUACCAAACUAGCCUUACUUGGAGAAGUCACAUGGACCUGAUCAAGCCUGAUCUGUAUAGCUCUCAUGCUUUCACUGUCUAAAGCAUAGCAUAGAGAGAGAGAGGUUAGAAACACUAGUUUACUAAAAUUCAACGUUUUAAUGAUUGGUCAUUUUAAGUUGUUAUGAACGGUUAAGGCCCACAUCUGUAUUCUGUAUAGCUCUUCUCAUGCUUUCAGUGUCGCAAGCACAGCAUACUGAGAGAGCGAGGGGGAAAUUAGGGUUUAUAACACUAGAAACAGUUGAGUCUAUCGAAAAAGCUUCAAAUUCAACCAGUGUUCUUUUAUAAGACCAUAUGAAUCUAUUCUAUGAAGAGUCAUACAAGUGUUGUGAACAGUUUUUUUUUUUUAAAGACACAGUUAGUACUUAAGUUUAAAGGAGUAAGUAGUCUUUCCUCCAGAAGUCUUAGGUUGCCCGCCACAGUAUUCGGCAGGAGUCUAUAAACUGCCACUCCUUCACACAGCUGUUUUCUUAUGACAGGGGCUAAAUCAUGCAGAGUCCUACUAUUCCUGUUCAGAACUAAUCUGUGAUUUACUACAAGGCAGGGUUGUAUGGAACGCCGUUUGGGUCUUUACGUGUCAAAAAGAAGAUGGACGUCAAAUAACACUUUGACGCAUCAAAUAAGCUUGUUGACCAAUCAGGACCUGGAUAUGAUAUUUUUUUACAUAGUUAUUACACAUUGAUUACACUGUCACUCAUAUGUCAUAUGUAACAGCGAUUCACCGAUACGUGUGCUAUGAUACUGGGAAAGUUAUGUCUUGUACACCUGCCGCUGCCGAACGAGGCAGACUGGGACAGUGCUGGUCAAAAACAAAAGCUAGCUAGCUGAUGGGGAUGCAAACAAUGUUCUACCCCCAAAACAUAGCAAAACAACAAUCUGUUUCAGUAGCUAUAGUUAGAUAGCUAACUAUCUAGCUAGGGGUCGUCAUCUAAAAUAACCCUAAUUUAUAAGACAGUUUUCGUAUUUGGCUGAUGAUGGUCAGAGCCACUAGCCAGCUAGCUUGCUAGCUGCUUAUAAUAUUAGCUUGGGGCAACAGGGUUAAGUAGCUGGCUAGUUUGUUAUCUAGCUGGCUAGUUAUUUUCAUGAACUGAGGUUAUAUUUCAAUAAGAGAACAACAAGUGGCUGCCUAACUAACACUGUCACAUGGACUCCUAAAUCAUUGCUAAGAAUAUUGAAAAUGAUUGCAUUUUCUGGUCAUUGUUUUCAGGCUGGUUGCAUUGGUUCUAGCAAGGUACCAAGCUAAAGCUAGCUAGCUACCCCAGAAGUUGCUAAUAACAUGGAAGAUAUUUGUGAGUGACUUUGUCAUACUGCAAACCGAUCAACGUAGUAGAGAGACCGCCUUCCUCCAGUUCUCAAACUGUCGUCAAUGUUGACACAAUGCUUGGUUGUUAUUCGGUAUUUUGACCAGGUUAGGAUGAAUCAGGUUGGGGUGUGGCUGGCUGGCUGGUUGGCAGAGGCAGCAGGAUCACCAUCCUUUCUCCCCUGCCUCUGGAAUGGUUGCAUGUCGUGGAGAUUGUUGGACUGCCUUAACAUUUUGUAAUCCUGAUAGUUUGAUCCUCAUCUUAUUUUGUUAUGCUCACAGACGUUUUUCUCAUUUGGUCGAACAAAUAGUGGUUUAUUACCAACGUGGUAUUGUAAACCCGUUGUGGCCGGUGACUUUGUUCAGGUGCAGCUUUGACAGUGCUGCUGACCGGAUUGGUGCUGCUGACCGGAUUGGUGCUGCUGACCGGAUUGGUGCUGCUUGACUUGCGCAUGCAACAUUCUAUAAUAUCAUUUUGUUAAUUUGACGUGCAUCUUUUUUGAUACGCAAAGACCCAAAUGGCGUUAGGGUAAAUUCCAUUUAAAUUCAGGAAGUAAACUGAAAUUACAAUUCAAAUUGUUUCUCAUCGAGAAGCUUUGAGGAUAAUUGAAAUUGAAAUUUUACUUCCCGAAUUGACUGGGUUGAAAUGGAAUAUCCCAACCCUGCUGGAAGGUAUUCGGAAGAACAUAUUUGAAUUUGAGGUCUUUCCCACUACACAGUAGUAAUCUAGUAUGUGGGUAUACUAGGUCGUUUUGGCAUGGCUGGGUGAUACAGCACAAAGCAGGGAAUGUGUCCAAUGUCUAGGCAUGUUGUAUACUAGCAGGUCUGGUGUAUUUGCACAGAGCUUACCCUGCUGUCAUGACGCAUCAGUCUAAUGAGCACUAGCUAGGAUGAAUCAGGUUGGGGUGUGGCUGGCUGGUUGGCAGAAGCAGCGGGGACUCUAAGCAAAAAAAAGUAUUACUGCGUCCUUAUGGAAGUGUGUACACAAUGGACAUAUUGGACUUUCCGGUUGGUCGUAAAUAAGUUCGAAUUGGAAUUGUACACCGUUUGAUGGAAUAAAUAUAUGGGCCAGAUAAUUAUUGUAAAAGAGAAUGUGUUUUCAAUGACUUACCUGGUUAAACAAAGGCAAAAAUAAAGAAAUCGUUUUAGAAUUUAGGAACAGUCAAUACAGACGUCAACUUGAACCGGAUCCGUUGUAGAUCAGGUGAGAGGAAGCCGUGGACACUGGAUGCGCGUCCCAGAUGUGUCACACAGCCUGCCUGCCUGCCUGCACGUUUUCUGUGAAAGUCUCUGAGUCCGCGUCAUCAGAACACCCCAUGCUGUGUGUCUUUGACAGAACCCGUCAACAAUGAAAGCCUGUGUGUGUUUUCACCCCCACUGCAUGAUUCUCUGCAUCCCACAACAACUCUGUCUCCUCACUGUUGACUGUUCUCUGCAACUAUUGUUGAUUUGAAAAGUUCUUCCAAGCUGUUGUCAUCUUGUUUUUCCAAACUGACCUUUUUACCCCCCCAUCUUCUUUCCCUCCUCUCUUCUUUCACUCCGCAGAUGGAUGAGAAGUCAGUAAACUCUCUUUACUUCCUUUUUACUUGAAUGUUAAAUCAGUGUUUUCCUGUCAGUAGCUGAGCUAGUGGUCAGUAAUGAUUAGUGGUAUUUCUACUAGCAGUAUUAGUAACAGUUCAUUAAUCAUUGGCUAAUCAUUCAUUUUUCAGAAUUCUUCAUCUUUAACAGUAUUUCUCUCUUUCUCCUGUGAUUUGUUGUUCAUUCUGUCGAUUACUACCUCAUCCUCUCCUACCUCUCCUCUCUUCAUCUCCUCUUCCUCCUACCGCUUCACCCCUUUUCUUCCUCCUCCUCCUCCCCCCUACAGAGAUGAUCAACCUUUCUAUGAUCACCAGAUUUACCAACACGAGAAGUAAGAGACUGAUGCAUUAUGGUCCAGCCUGUUUGACCGCUGGUCACUAGACAGACAUGUUAGAGAGGACAUAUUGACAUGGUUAAAGAGAGGACAUAUUGACAUGGUGUUGGACAGACAUGUUAGAGAGGACAUAUUGACAUGGUUAAAGAGAGGACAUAUUGACAUGGUGUUGGACAGACAUGUUAGAGAGGACAUAUUGACAUGGUGUUAGACAGACAUGUUAGCGAGGACAUAUUGACAUGGUGUCAGACAGCAUGGUAGAGAGGACAUAUUGACAUGGUGUUGGACAGUCAUGGUAGAGAGGACAUAUUCGAGGACAUAUGCCAGUUGAAUAUGAUAUUGAGUUGCAUCCGAAAUGGCACCCUAUUCCCUACGUAGUGCACUACUUUUGACCAGGGAUCUAGGGCUCUUGUGUUUGUCUGUGUGUUUGUCUGUGUGUGUGUGUGUGUGUGUGUGUGUGUGUGUGUGUUUGAGGAGCCAACACUAAAAACCCUAAGGAUGAUCAUCUGCUGGAUGCAUAAUCAGUGCAUGGUAAUGUUUUCUAAUUAGUGGCCAUCGUUCUUUGCUUGCCCGUCGCUGGGUUCACGUCAUGGUGGUUUCAUCAUUGUGAUAAUGCCAUGUCUGUGUGUAGGCACGGUUUGUUACGUUAACGUUGUUGGAAACUUGCGUGUGUGCUGGGCAUGGUACGUUGUUGUUAAUGUUAUUUUAACGUUGUGGUGACGUUGGGUGUGUACUAGGCAUGGUACGUUGUUGUUAAUGUUAUAUUAACGUUGUGGUGACGUGGGGUGUGUACUAGGCAUGGUCCGUUGUUGUUAAUGUUAUUUUAACGUUGUGACGUGGGGUGUGUACUAGGCAUGGUCCGUUGUUGUUAAUGUUAUUUUAACGUUGUGGUGACGUUGGGUGUGUACUAGGCAUGGUACGUUGUUGUUAAUGUUAUUUUAACGUUGUGGUGACGUGGGGUGUGUACUAGGCACGGUCUGCGGGUGGAUGGCAUCCCCAUGUUCAUCCCCAACGACCGCAGCAAGAAGAGGCUGAUCGAGGACACUCAGGAUUGGCAGCCCCGCACAGGCACCACCCAGUCACGCUCCUUCCGCAUGCUGGCCCAGCUCACAGGCACCGACUACAGUAAGUCGGAGAGGGAGAGGUCAGAUAGAGGGGGGGGUGUCGGUGGUCGAGAAGCGUAGGAGGGAGGGAGAGAAGCGUAGGAGGGAGGGAGGGAGGGAGGGAGGGAGAGAGAAGUGUCGGUGGUCGAGAGUGAGUGAGUGAGUGAGCGAUGUCUCUUGUAACAUAACAUUCUGAUUGUGUUUUUUUCCUGGCUCUCAGUGCAGGACCCAGACGAUGAGACAAUGAAGAGGGCCAGGUAAACAACCUGUUGACCGGUAUAACCUGUCUGUUAUAAAGCUCCAGUUGACUGGUAUAGCCUGUGUGUUUAAAGGCUGUGUGUUUAAAGGCUGUGUGUUACUGUAAAGUUACGGCUGAUGCUGACAUGCUUGUGUGUUAGAGCUAACGAUAAAGGUACACUCUGCAAGAUGAAUCAUUACACACACGAGGAAACUUCCUACUUCGCAAUGUGGGCGUGCCACAGUUGAUGAUGAUGAUGAUGAUUUCUUCAUCUUGCUGAGUUCACCUUUUUUAAAGACCUUCUAGUUGAACUCAACAGUUGAGUUAUGGACAUCCGCUGCUUUCAGCUCUAGCAUGUGGUUUGGUGUGUGAGUUAUACAGGUGUUGUUCCAGGACCACUUUUGUAGCUUUUCUCUGUCCCCAUAUUGAGUUGUGAUGUAGUUUUACCAUUUCCGUUGCGUGGUGAAUUGUCUGUCUGUUAGGAAAUGAAGACAUAACUCUAUCAAUUUUCUCUCUCUCUCGUGGUGGUUAGGGAAAAGUUCCUUACAGAGAUUCAGAGCCCCCGUUAUGCCCGUCUGAGGGACUGGCACCACGAGAGGUCCGCACGCGCCCUCAACAUCAAGUCCUGAGCGUCACCAUGGCAACAUGCAACGCAGGGCCGGAGCCCUAGCGAUCGAUAGCCAUUCACAACGACGACAAUGACUAAAACGACAAACGACGAUAGCCCGAUAAUCCAGACAACACACCAGAUAUACAGAGGAGGGGAGAAAAAAAUAAGUUAUUAAAAAAAAUAAAGAUGAGGAAUCUAUGAUCACUAAAGCCAUACGUGGAACCAUUGCAUACUGAGCCUGUCUGACUGCCAGAUUCACUUCUUCUCCUGGAGUUGAUGAGUUAGUAGUGUUGAUAACAUCUUGUGGAUCACCUUGUGUUUGUAGCAGACCUGGGGCCAACACAUACGUCAAAUACAUUGAUUGAUUGAUUGAUUGAUUGAUUGAUUGAUUGAUUGAUUGAUUGAUCAAAUAUCUGAGGUGCAGGGGGGAGUUUGAACUUUGGGACUGUUCUAUUGGUCCCAUUGUCCCGGAGCAAUCCAAAUCAAGUGCGCCUCAAGACUUCUACAGUAUUUGACGUUAUGUAUCUGACCAAGGUCUGGUUUGUAGUCCUGUUCCGCAUAGUAAACUGUGUUACUCAGAGUUAUCUAAACGGGGAGGAGGGGGGGUCACAGCUGUUGGAACAGCACCGUUAAGGCUGUUCUUCCUGUUCUAUUCUGAUUCUGUAGUUUAGUUCCAGAACCUUCUUUUGAUCUAAACUCUCUCUCUCUUUCUUAGCUCUGUGUUUUUGAGUUCUGCUCUCUUUUUCUGUUUUCAUUUUCUGAACUAUGUCCUUGUUCUUUAGUCACCUCCCUCUGAUAAGAAAUGGAAAGAGAAAUAAAUAUGUACUUUGUUUUUUCUGCUGCUGUCAUAAAACAUUUGAAAACACCCCGUCCUCCUGCUAUCUGUCAUUUAUCUUUCUCUGCUUGCUUCUUCUUUACUGCACUGUACUCCACAAUACUGCACUGUACUCCACAAUACUAUACUGUACUCCACAAUACUAUACUGUCCUCCACAAUACUAUACUGUCCUCCACAAUACUAUACUGUCCUCCACAAUAAUAUACUGUACUCCACUAUACUGUUACUCCCCAAUACUAUACUGUACUCCACAAUACUAUACUGUACUCCACAAUACUAUACUGCACUCCCCUAUACUAUACUGCGCUCCCCAAUACUAUACUGUUACUCCACAAUACUAUACUGUACUCCCCAAUACUAUACUGUUACUCCACAAUACUAUACUGCACUCCCCUAUACUAUACUGCGCUCCCCAAUACUAUACUGUUACUCCACAAUACUAUACUGUACUCCCCAAUACUAUACUGCGCUCCCCAAUACUAUACUGCACUCCACAAUACUAUAAUGUACUCCCCAAUACUAUACUGUUACUCCCCAAUACUAUACUGCACUCCACAAUACUAUACUGUUACUCCACAAUACUAUACUGCACUCCCCAAUACUAUACUGUUACUCCCCAAUACUAUACUGUACUCCCCAAUACUAUACUGUUACUCCCCAAUACUAUACUGUACUCCCCAAUACUAUACUGUUACUCCCCAAUACUAUACUGCACUCCACAAUACUAUACUGCACUCCACAAUACUAUACUAUACUCCCAUAUACUGUACUCCACAAUACUGUACUCCACUAUACUGUUACUCCACAAUACUAUACUGUACUCCCCAAUACUAUACUGUUACUCCACAAUACUAUACUGCGCUCCCCGAUACUAUACUGUACUCACAAUACUAUACUGCACUCCACAAUACUAUACUGUACUCCCCUAUACUGUACUCACAAUACUAUACUGCGCUCCACAAAACUAUACUGUUACUCCACAAUACUAUACUGUUACUCCGCAAUACUAUACUGCGCUCCACAAUACUGUACUCACAAUACUAUACUGCACUCCACAAUACUAUACUGUUACUCCACAAUACUAUACUGUUACUCCACAAUACUAUAAUGUUACUCCACAAUACUAUAAUGUUACUCCACAAUACUAUACUGCGCUCCCCAAUACUAUACUGUACUCACAAUACUAUACUGCACUCCACAAUACUAUACUGUACUCCACAAUACUAUACUGCACUCCACAAUACUAUACUGUACUCCACAAUACUAUACUCCACUUCACAAUACUAUACUGCGCUCCACAAUACUGUACUCGCAAUACUAUACUGCACUCCACAAUACUAUACUGCACUCCACAAUACUAUACUGUACUCCACAAUACUAUACUGUACUCCACAAUACUAUACUCCACUCCACAAUACUAUACUAUACUCCCCAAUACUGCGCUCCACAAUACUAUACUGCACUCAGCGAUACUCGACCAUUAUACUUUACCAUGCAAUACUCAUUAUACUGUAUAAUACUAUAUCAUGCAAUACUCAUUAUACUGUAUAAUACUAUAUCAUGCAAUACUCAUACUGUAUAAUACUAUAUCAUGUAAUACUCGUUAUACUGUAUAGUACUAUCAUGCAAUAUUACCUACUGUUAUGUAAUAGUCUCCAUAUCUUUUUUUCACUAGACUUCAGUGUUUGACACUAGAGUUAGCCCCAUCCACGUCUGCAGUAGCUCAUCUAGGUGAUUAUAGACUACCAUUGCAUGUCAAAGUGCAUUUUCAACAUUUUUGUUUUUAGAAGAUUUUAUAUAGGUGGCACUUUUUGGCAAACGGAUAGAACAUGAAUAAAUGGUAGUCGGCACUCCGAUAACCGGCUGUACAGAAGUCUGCAUCUUAAUCAUGGUACAUCGAAGUCCGUCUGUCUGGUAAUGACGUCAAACCCAACGCUUAACCUGCUGUUCACACCAAGGUAGUAACCGGUAUGAUGACACUAUCAUGUCUCAUUUGGAUAGAGAACUACCAGAAGACAGUGAAGAUGAUGUGUUCCUCUGUAGCUCAGCUGGUAGAGCACGGCGCUUGUAACGCCAGGGUAGUGGGUUCAAUCCCCGGGACCACCCAUACGUAAAAAUGUAUGCGCACAUGACUGUAAGUCACUUUGGAUAAAAGCGUCUGCUAAAUGGCAAAUUAUUAUUAUUUUACUAUCUGACCACUUUCACAAAUACAUCUUUCGCUCCUCUGUAAUAUAUCUGAUCUCUCUGCCGUUACAAGUUUGUAGUAAGGAGAAUUUGUAUCCAGAGUUUGCUGUAGACACCUGUUACUGAAACAGAUGCUACUAACUCUACAGAAGGGGUAGGCAACUUGAUUCAGCCAGGGGCCGAUUUUUUUUUUUUGUCGGGGGGGGGGGGUCAUCAUCAUAAUAAUAAUAAUAAUAAUAAUAAUAAUAAUAAUAAUAAUAACAAUAAUAACAAUAAUAAUAAUUUGUACACUGCAAAUUGACCACAACUAAGCCCAAAAAUAGAUUGUAUUUGAAAAUAACAAUCAUUCCAUACCUUCAUUUACAUUGAGACACUAUCACGUCUCUUUUUUUGUUCAAGUGGGAAGGAAUACUUGGGAUCAGAUGUCCUAAAUUAAACAUGUGACUGACCACUUCAAUUCGGUCUUAUGUAGCAACAUUUGAAAGUUUUUUUUUUUUUUUUUUACAUUGGAUAAAGGUAGAGACUCAGAGCUACAAAAUGGUAGAUCAUAAACGGCAGUUGAGGAAAAUGGGAAAGUAACUCUGCUUUGAGAAAAUGGCCCUUGAAUGUUUUGGUACCUACUGGAGAUCUCUUUGUCUACACCCAUUCAGCAUCGUUCACACCCUCUUAAGCCCCACCCAUAUCUUUAAGGAUUCACGUGCAGGUCAUGUUGUAGUAUAAAUACUAUUUAUCUGGGGGCCUAUAUCCUAACCUGACUGGUGCAAGUCAUGUUGUAGUAUAAAGACUAUUUAUCUGGUCCUAUAUCCUAACCUGACUGGUGCAAGUCAUGUUGUAGUAUAAAGACUAUUUAUCUGGUCCUAUAUCCUAACCUGACUGGUGCAAGUCAUGUUGUAGUAUAAAGACUAUCUGGUCCUAUAUCCUAACCUGACUGGUGCAAGUCAUGUUGUAGUAUAAAUACUAUUUAUCUGGUCCUAUAUCCUAACCUGACUGGUGCAAGUCAUGUUGUAGUAUAAAGACUAUUUAUCUGGUCCUAUAUCCUAGCCUGACUGGUGCAAGUCAUGUUGUAGUAUAAAGACUAUUUAUCUGGUCCUAUAUCCUAACCUGACUGGUGCAAGUCAUGUUGUAGUAUAAAGACUAUUUAUCUGGUCCUAUAUCCUAACCUGACUGGUGCAAGUCAUGUUGUAGUAUAAAUACUAUUUAUCUGGUCCUAUAUCCUAACCUGACUGGUGCAAGUCAUGUUGUAGUAUAAAGACUAUCUGGUCCUAUAUCCUAACCUGACUGGUGCAGGUCAUGUUGUAGUAUAAAUACUAUUUAUCUGGGGGCCUAUAUCAAAUCAAAUCAAAUCAAAUCAAAUUGUAUUGGUCACAUGCGCCGAAUACAACAGGUGCAGACAUUACAGUGAAAUGCUUACUUACAGCCCUUAACCAACAGUGCAUUUAUUUUAAACAAAAAGUAAGAAUAAAACAACAACAAAAAAGUGUUGAGAAAAAAAAGAGCAGAAGUAAAAAUAAAGUGACAGUAGGGAGGCUAUAUAUACAAUAGAAUAAAGUGACUGUAGGGAGGCUAUAUAUACAGGGGGGUACCGUUGCAUAGUCAAUGUGCGGGGGCACCGGCUAGUUGAGGUAGUUGAGGUAAUAUGUACAUGUGGGUAGAGUUAAAGUGACUAUGCAUAAAUACUUAACAGAGUAGCAGCAGCGUAAAAAGUAUGGGGUGGGGGGGCAGUGCAAAUAGUCCGGGUAGCCAUGAUUAGCUGUUCAGGAGUCUUAUGGCUUGGGGGUAGAAGCUGUUGAGAAGUCUUUUGGACCUAGACUUGGCACUCCGGUACCGCUUGCCGUGCGGUAGCAGAGAGAACAGUCUAUGACUAGGGUGACUGGAGUCUUUGACAAUUUUGAGGGCCUUCCUCUGACACCGCCUGGUAUAGAGGUCCUGGAUGACAGGGAGCUUUGCCCCUGUGAUGUACUGGGCCGUACGCACUACCCUCUGUAGUGCCUUGCGGUCAGAGGCCAAGCAGUUGCCAUACCAGGCGGUGAUGCAACCAGUCAGGAUGCUCUCGAUGGUGCAGCUGUAGAAUUUUUUGAGGAUCUGAGGACCCAUGCCAAAUCUUUUUAGUCUCCUGAGGGGGAAUAGGCUUUGUCGUGCCCUCUUCACGACUGUCUUGGUGUGUUUGGACCAUGAUAGUUCGUUGGUGAUGUGGACACCAAGGAACUUGAAGCUCUCAACCUGUUCCACUACAGCCCCGUCGAUGAGAAUGGGGGCGUGCUCAGUCCUCUUUUUUUUCCUGUAGUCCACAAUCAUCUCCUUUGUCUUGGUCACGUUGAGGGAGAGGUUGUUGUCCUGGCACCACACGGCCAGAUCUCUGACCUCCUCCCUAUAGGCUGUCUCAUCGUUGUCGGUGAUCAGGCCUACCACUGUUGAGUCGUCGGCAAACUUAAUGAUGGUGUUGGAGUCGUGCCUGGCCAUGCAGUCAUGAGUGAACAGAGAGUACAGGAGGGGACUGAGCACGCACCCCUGAGGGGCCCCCGUGUUGAGGAUCAGUGUGGCAGAUGUGUUGUUACCUACCCUUACCACCUGGGGGCGGCCCGUCAGGAAGUCCAGGAUCCAGUUGCAGAGGGAGGUGUUUAGUCCCAGGAUCCUUAGCUUAGUGAUGAGCUUUGAGGGCACUAUGGUGUUGAAUGCUGAGCUGUAGUCAAUGAAUAGCAUUCUCACGUAGGUGUUCCUCUUGUCCAGGUGGGAAAGGGCAGUGUGGAGUGCGAUAGAGAUUGCAUCAUCUGUGGAUCUGUUGGGGCGGUAUGCAAAUUGGAGUGGGUCUAGGGUUUCUGGGAUUAUGCUGUUGAUGUGAGCCAUGACCAGUCUUUCAAAGCACUUCAUGGCUACAGACGUCAGUGCCACGGGUCGGUAGUCAUUUAGGCAGGUUAUCUUAGAGUUCUUGGGCACGGGGACUAUGGUGGUCUGCUUGAAACAUGUUGGUAUUACAGACUCAGUCAGGGACAUGUUGAAAAUGUCAGUGAAGACACUUGCCAGUUGGUCAGCACAUGCUCGGAGUACACGUCCUGGUAAUCCGUCUGGCCCUGCAGCCUUGUGAAUGUUGACCUGCUUAAAAGUCUUACUCACAUCGGCUACGGAGAGCGUGAUCACAUAGUCGUCCGGAACAGCUGGUGCUCUCAUGCAUGCUUCAGUGUUGCUUGCCUCGAAGCGAGCAUAGAAGUGGUUUAGCUCGUCUGGUAGGCUUGUGUCACUGGGCAGCUCGCGGCUGUGCUUCCCUUUGUAGUCUGUAAUAGUUUUCAAGCCCUGCCACAUCCUAACCUGACUGGUGCAAGUCAUGUUGUAGUAUAAAGACUAUUUAUCUGGUCCUAUAUCCUAACCUGACUGGUGCAGGUCAUGUUGUAGUAUACAUACUAUUUAUCUGGUCCUAUAUCCUAACCUGACUGGUGCAAGUCAUGUUGUAGUAUAAAGACUAUUUAUCUGGUCCUAUAUCCUAACCUGACUGGUGCAAGUCAUGUUGUAGUAUAAAGACUAUUUAUCUGGUCCUAUAUCCUAACCUGACUGGUGCAAGUCAUGUUGUAGUAUAAAGACUAUCUGGUCCUAUAUCCUAACCUGACUGGUGCAAGUCAUGUUGUAGUAUAAAGACUAUCUGGUCCUAUAUCCUAACCUGACUGGUGCAAGUCAUGUUGUAGUAUAAAGACGAUUUAUCUGGUCCUAUAUCCUAGCCUGACUGGUGCAAGUCAUGUUGUAGUAUAAAGACUAUUUAUCUGGUCCUAUAUCCUAACCUGACUGGUGCAAGUCAUGUUGUAGUAUAAAGACUAUCUGGUCCUAUAUCCUAACCUGACUGGUGCAAGUCAUGUUGUAGUAUAAAGACUAUUUAUCUGGUCCUAUAUCCUAACCUGACUGGUGCAGGUCAUGUUGUAGUAUAAAUACUAUUUAUCUGGGGGCCUAUAUCCUAACCUGACUGGUGCAAGUCAUGUUGUAGUAUAAAGACUAUUUAACUGGUCAUAUAUCCUAACCUGACUGGUGCAAGUCAUGUUGUAGUAUAAAGACUAUCUGGUCCUAUAUCCUAACCUGACUGGUGCAAGUCAUGUUGUAGUAUAAAUACUAUUUAUCUGGUCCUAUAUCCUAACCUGACUGGUGCAAGUCAUGUUGUAGUAUAAAGACUAUCUGGUCCUAUAUCCUAACCUGACUGGUGCAAGUCAUGUUGUAGUAUAAAGACUAUUUAUCUGGUCCUAUAUCCUAACCUGACUGGUGCAAGUCAUGUUGUAGUGUAAAGACUAUUUAUCUGGUCCUAUAUCCUAACCUGACUGGUGCAAGUCAUGUUGUAGUAUAAAUACUAUUUAUCUGGGGGCCUAUAUCCUAACCUGACUGGUGCAAGUCAUGUUGUAGUAUAAAGACUAUUUAUCUGGUCCUAUAUCCUAACCUGACUGGUGCAAGUCAUGUUGUAGUAUAAAGACUAUUUAUCUGGUCCUAUAUCCUAACCUGACUGGUGCAAGUCAUGUUGUAGUAUAAAGACUAUCUGGUCCUAUAUCCUAACCCGACUGGUGCAAGUCAUGUUGUAGUAUAAAUACUAUUUAUCUGGUCCUAUAUCCUAACCUGACUGGUGCAAGUCAUGUUGUAGUAUAAAAACUAUCUGGUCCUAUAUCCUAGCCUGACUGGUGCAAGUCAUGUUGUAGUAUAAAGACUAUCUGGUCCUGUAUCCUAACCUGACUGGUGCAAGUCAUGUUGUAGUAUAAAGACUAUUUAUCUGGUCCUAUAUCCUAACCUGACUGGUGCAAGUCAUGUUGUAGUAUAAAGACUAUCUGGACCUAUAUCCUAACCUGACUGGUGCAAGUCAUGUUGUAGUAUAAAGACUAUUUAUCUGGUCCUAUAUCCUAACCUGACUGGUGCAAGUCAUGUUGUAGUAUAAAGACUAUUUAUCUGGUCCUAUAUCCUAACCUGACUGGUGCAAGUCAUGUUGUAAUAUAAAGACUAUUUAUCUGGUCCUAUAUCCUAAUCUGACUGGUGCAAGUCAUGUUGUAGUAUAAAGACUAUCUGGUCCUAUAUCCUAACCUGACUGGUGCAAGUCAUGUUGUAGUAUAAAGACUAUUUAUCUGGUCCUAUAUCCUAACCUGACUGGUGCAAGUCAUGUUGUAGUAUAAAGACUAUCUGGUCCUAUAUCCUAAUCUGAUUGGUACAGGUCAUGUUGUUCUUCACAUUACUGUCUCUGGUAAAAACACACUAUAUCAAAUAAAAUCAACAUUUAUUUGUCACAUGCACAAGAUACAGAAGGUGUAAACAGUACAGUGAAAUGGUUACUUGCAUAGUAGCAAUAUCAAAAAUAGUGUCCAGAUAAAAAAUAUUUUAUCGAUAGCGCCUGCUAAAUUCAGGGCAGCAAUGUUGUUGAGAGAAGUAGCAACACUUUUGCAGUUCUCCAUAUCUUAAAAAAAAAAGCUGCGGUAGCAAGGAUUAUCUACACAUACUGAGCAGCUCAUGUUAUAGACAGAAGCGUGCUACAUGGCAGACCAAUCCCAACUCAUCUCUCGGCAUGUCCAGCCCAUCCAUUAUCUCAGCCAAUCAUGGCUAGCGGGAAGGUUCCUGUCUUUUUCUGUGGCUAAACCAACUAGGCUCGUAAUUUAACAAUUGUAUUUGUAUUUACAGAUGGCAUACACGUUAGUUAUUAAGGCACAGAAAAGUUCACAUUUCAGCCUCUUAUCUCUCCUUCCUCUCCUCUCCUCCUCAAAUCAAAUCAAACCUUCCUCGUCUCUCCUCGUAUCUCUCCUUCCUCGUCUCCUCUUAUCUAUCCUUCCUCGUCUCUCCUCGUAUCUCUCCUUCCUCGUCUCUCCUGCCUCAUCUCUCCUCUUAUCUCUCCUGCCUCGUCUCUCCUCUCAUCUCCCCUUCCUCGUCUCUCCUCUUAUCUCUCCUGCCUCAUCUCUCCUCUCAUCUCUCCUCUCAUCUCCCCUUCCUCGUCUCUCCUCUUAUCUCUUCUCUCCUCUCAUCUCCCCUUCCUCGUCUCUCCUCUUCUCUCCUGCCUCGUCUCUCCUCUCUUUUCCCCUUCCUCGUCUCUCCUCUUAUCUCUCCUGCCUCGCCUCUCCUCGUCUGUUUUUUUUUGGGGGGGGCCAAAAAACAAAAACGUGUGUCCUGUUGCUGACUCCUGCUCUCCAGACUUCAGUCAUAGAAGUAGUAUGAUACAUACAGCAGGAUAGUAGUCACAGCUGUUUGGAGGAACAUGACUUAACUGUAAGUCGCUCUGGAUAAGAGCGUCUGCUAAAUGACUAAAAUGUAAAUGUUAACAAUUCCCAGUCCACUUUCUAUGAGCAGUGGUAUAGUCACAGAGAGAUGUGAAGUUAAGGAGCAAUCCUCUCAAUCACUAUUCCAUUAUGCUCCUUCGAUUUUAAAAAAUGCACACAGAAAUCACUCCAAAAUGGUGUCAUGAUGAUGAUGAUGUCAGCCAAUACUGCCACUCUAUCUCUUCUGAGUCACCAUGGUAACCCUAUAGCACCUGUUCCUAAGGGAGUGUGUUUCUCCACAGCGUCAAGGCCUCUGUGUCACCUGCCAAGGCCCAGACCCAGGCAGCGGACAAACCUGAUGGUGAGUUACUACAGUUCAGAGUUCAAAUGACCAGGGAUGCUGGUAAUAUGUAUUAGUUAGAUGCAUCAUAACAUGCUAUAAGCAUCCAUAUAAUCCCACACUUCCUUAUAAUAUGCUAUAUGAGUCUACCUGUUUGACGUGCUGAAUGAAUACAUUUCUCUGGGUUCCCCAGCCUCUAGGACGCCAGCUCCAGUCAGCUCUGGUCCUAAGGUGCGUCCUCCGUGGGUGACCGACCCAGGAUUCGCUGACCGCUACGCCCCAGAUAAGACCAGUACGGUUCUGACCCAGCACAGACAGCCGGCCCAGCCUACGCCCAUGCAGAACCGCUCCUCUAUCCUACAGGCAGCUCAGCAGGCACCCGAGGACAGUGGAAGGACCCCUCUCUGUGGAGCCUGCAACAAGAUCAUUAGGUGGGAACCAUAUGAUUAUACUACCCUCUGUCUGUUAGAUUAAUAACGCCAAGGCCUUUAUUUACUACUGCCCACUGUCUGUUAUAUCUAUAAACACUAGAGCCAGCCAAGCCGGAAAUGCCACCCAAUUCCUUUAUAUAUUGCAAAAUGUUUGACCAAAACCCUGAAUGUCAAAGUAGCCCCCUAUCGGGUCAAUACAGCAACUGCUGUUCCUACAUGAGUCCUACAUGAAAAAGUACUGCACUAUAUGAAUAAAGAGAAUAAACUCCAUAGACUAUCAUAAUACCUGGGAUAGGAGCCCCCUUACCCCACCCCCCCAAAAAAAUAGAAAAAAUAAAUAAACAUAUUGUAAAGUGGUUAUCCCACUGGCUAUAAGGUGAAUGCACCAAUUUGUAAGUCGCUCUGGAUAAGAGCGUCUGCUAAAUGACGUAAAUGUAAAUUUCAUAAUAGACUGUAUUUAUUUCAUUGAACUGCUAGGCCCUGAUUUCAUUGACCAUGUGACCUGACCAGGGAACACUCUCUUGGUCUUUUUUAUAUAAACCCAUUAUUCUAUAGAAAAUAACCCGUUGUCUCUCAAACCGGAACGACCUGACACCAUCUGAACAGUUAAGUGGAUUCAUCCAGUAAGUCAUGUCUGUGAUGGUAGGAUCACUAUGCUCCAUUACAGAGAGCUACAGUAGAUACCUCUGUUACUCCCAGCUGGGCUUAUCUAACUGGUGUUUACUUUGUGUGUGCCUGUGUCUGUCUGUCUGUCUGUGUGUAUAGGGGCCGGUACCUGGUGGCGCUGGGUCAGUCCUGGCACCCAGAAGAGUUCCGGUGUUCCCAGUGUAAGGUGGUGUUGGAUGAGGGAGGAUUCUUUGAGGAGCGGGGCUCAGUCUUCUGCGCCAAGUGUUAUGAUAACCGCUACGCUCCCAACUGUGCCAAAUGCAAAAAGGUCAUCGUAGGGGUAAGAUCUCUACCGUGUCUGUCUACCACCAUCCAUGAUAAUACUGUGGAAUGUGGACCACAAGCUAGUUUAGUAGGUAACUUGGUGGUUAAGAGCGUUGUGCCAGUAACCGAAAGGUCGCUGGUUCUAAUCCCCGAGCCGACUAGGUGAAAAAUCUGUCGAUGUGCCCUUGAGCAAUGCAUUUAACCCUAAUUGCUCAUGUAAGUCGCUCUGGAUAAGAGCGUAUGCAAAAAAAAACAAAAAAAAACGUAAAUGUCUACCAUCAUCCAUGAUAAUACUGUGGAAUGUGGACCACAACCUAGGUUAGCAGGACAGGAUGCACGUGGAAGCUGAGGCCUGACCACCUUCCUUCCUUCCUUUCUUUCCUCUUGUGUAGGAGAUCAUGCAUGCUCUGAAGAUGACCUACCAUGUCCAGUGUUUCAUGUGCGCUGCCUGUAAGAGCCCCAUCCGGAACCAGGCCUUCUAUAUGGAGGAGGGAGAACCUUACUGUGAGAGAGGUGAGGCUUAGAGAGAGGUGUCUGUGUGUGGGAACCGGGCCUUCUAUAUGGAGGAGGGAGAACCUUACCGUGAGAGAGGUGAGGCUUAGAGAGAGGUGUCUGUGUGUGGGAACCGGGCCUUCUAUAUGGAGGAGGGAGAACCUUACUGUGAGAGAGGUGAGGCUUAGAGAGAGGUGUCUGUGUGUGGGAACCGGGCCUUCUAUAUGGAGGAGGGAGAACCUUACUGUGAGAGAGGUGAGGCUUAGAGAGAGGUGUCUGUGUGUGGGAACCGGGCCUUCUAUAUGGAGGAGGGAGAACCUUACCGUGAGAGAGGUGAGGCUUAGAGAGAGGUGUCUGUGUGUUGCCUUACAUGUUGACGUUAUAACUUUUCAAUCAACAACAAGGAAAACUGUGUGAGGUACUUAGAGAAAGAAUGAGUUAAACUACAUGUACACACAUUCACAGCCUUGGGGGGAGUGGACAGAUUCUCUCAGUGAGAUAUCCACAGCUACUGCUUCCAUAGAUGAUGACUUCAUAUGGGAACAUCUGUUUAGCUGAUUUUUUUACGUUAUGUCAUCCCUUCCCUACAUACAGGAACAUCACUAAUGUCAUCCCUUCCCUACAUACAGGAACAUCACUAAUGUCAUCCCUUCCCUACAUACAGGAACAUCACUGAUGUCAUCCCUUCCCUACAUACAGGAACAUCACUGAUGUCAUCCCUUCCCUACAUACAGGAACAUCACUGAUGUCAUCCCUUCCCUACAUACAGGAACAUCACUGAUGUCAUCCCUUCCCUACAUACAGGAACAUCACUGAUGUCAUCCCUUCCCUACAUACAGGAACAUCACUGAUGUCAUCCCUUCCCUACAUACAGGAUCAUCACUGAUGUCAUCCCUCUUUUUCGUUCUGUUUUUUUCUUUGAUCCGUUGAUGUUCUCAGGCCAAAACCUUACAGGGAAAACAUUUUUGCUGAUGAAUAUGGUAACUCAACCUCUCUCUUUCUCCUCUCUGUCUCCACCCCCUCUCAACUUCUCUCUCUCCUCCACCCCCCUCUCUCUCCUCCACCCCCCUCUCUCUCUCCUCCACCCCCCCUCUCCCUCUCUCUCCUCCACCCCCCCCUCUCCCUCUCUCUCCUCCACCCCCCCCCUCUCCCUCUCUCUCCUCCACCCCCCCCCUCUCUCCUCCACCCCCCCCUCUCUCCUCCACCCCCCCUCCUCUCUCUCCCUCCACCCAUCUCUCUCUCCCUCCACCCCAUCUCUCUCUCCUCCACCCCCAUCUCUCUCCUCCACCCCCUCUCUCUCCUCCACCCCCCCUCUCCUCCUCCCCCCCUCUCUCUCUCCUCCACCCCCCCCCUCUCUCUCUCCUCCACCCCCCCUCUCUCUCUCCUCCACCCCCCCCCCCUCUCUCUCCUCCACCCCCCCCCCCCCCUCUCUCUCCUCCACCCCCCUCCCUCUCUCCUCACCACCCUCCCACCCCCCUCUCUCGUCCUCCCCCCCUCCUAUCCUCUCCCACCCCCCUCUCUCUCUCCUCCACCCCCCUCUCUCUCUCCUCCACCCCCCCUCUCUCCCUUCUCCCUCUCUCCUCUCCCCACCCCCCCCUCUCUCUCUCCUCCACCCCCCCCCCUCUCCCUCUCUCUCCCUCUCCCUGUAGAUUAUGAGAAGAUGUUUGGCACUAAGUGUCAUGGCUGUGACUUUAAGAUUGAUGCUGGGGACCGCUUCCUAGAGGCCUUGGGAUUCAGUUGGCACGACACCUGCUUCGUCUGCGCUGUAAGUCACUCUCCUGAUUCACCUGGCUAUCUCACCUCUAUCUACCUACGUCUCUACCUGUCUCUCCUGGACCUGCUCCAUCCUACGUCUCUACCUGUCUCACCUGGACCUGCUCCAACCUACGUCUCUACCUGUCUCUCCUGGACCUGCUCCAUCCUACGUCUCUACCUGUCUCUCCUGGACCUGCUCCAACCUACGUCUCUACCUGUCUCUCCUGGACCUGCUCCAACCUACGUCUCUACCUGUCUCUCCUGGACCUGCUCCAACCUACGUCUCUACCUGUCUCUCCUGGACCUGCUCCAACCUAUGUCUCUACCUGUCUCUCCUGGACCUGCUCCAACCUACGUCUCUACCUGUCUCACCUGGACCUGCUCCAUCCUACGUCUCUACCUGUCUCACCUGGACCUGCUCCAACCUACGUCUCUACCUGUCUCUCCUGGACCUGCUCCAUCCUACGUCUCUACCUGUCUCUCCUGGACCUGCUCCAACCUACGUCUCUACCUGUCUCUCCUGGACCUGCUCCAACCUACGUCUCUACCUGUCUCUCCUGGACCUGCUCCAACCUACGUCUCUACCUGUCUCUCCUGGACCUGCUCCAACCUAUGUCUCUACCUGUCUCUCCUGGACCUGCUCCAACCUACGUCUCUACCUGUCUCACCUGGACCUGCUCCAACCUACGUUUCUACCUGUCUCUCCUGGACCUGCUCCAACCUACGUCUUUACCUGUCUCUCCUGGACCUGCUCCAACCUACGUCUUUACCUGUCUCUCCUGGACCUGCUCCAACCUACGUCUCUACCUGUCUCUCCUGGACCUGCUCCAACCUACGUCUCUACCUGUCUCUCCUGGACCUGCUACAACCUACGUCUCUACCUGUCUCACCUGGACCUGCUCCAACCUACGUCUCUACCUGUCUCUCCUGGACCUGCUCCAUCCUACGUCUCUACCUGUCUCUCCUGGACCUGCUCCAACCUACGUCUCUACCUGUCUCUCCUGGACCUGCUCCAUCCUACGUCUCUACCUGUCUCUCCUGGACCUGCUCCAACCUACGUCUCUACCUGUCUCUCCUGGACCUGCUCCAACCUACGUCUUUACCUGUCUCACCUGGACCUGCUCCAACCUACGUCUCUACCUGUCUCUCCUGGACCUGCUCCAACCUACGUCUCUACCUGUCUCUCCUGGACCUGCUCCAACCUACGUCUCUACCUGUCUCUCCUGGACCUGCUCCAACCUACGUCUCUACCUGUCUCUCCUGGACCUGCUCCAACCUACGUCUCUACCUGUCUCUCCCUGGACCUGCUCCAACCUACGUCUCUACCUGUCUCUCCUGGACCUGCGCCAACCUACGUCUCUACCUGUCUCUCCUGGACCUGCUCCAACCUAACGUCUCUACCUGUCUCUCCUGGACCUGCUCCAACCUACGUCUCUACCGGUCUCUCCUGGACCUGCUCCAACCUACGUCUCUACCUGUCUCUCCUGGACCUGCUCCAACCUACGUCUUUACCUGUCUCUUUGACCUGCUCCAACCUACGUCUCUACCUGUCUCUCCUGGACCUGCUCCAACCUACGUCUCUACCUGUCUCUCCUGGACCUGCUCCAACCUACGUCUCUACCUGUCUCUCCUGGACCUGCUCCAACCUACGUCUCUACCUGUCUCUCCUGGACCUGCUCCAACCUACGUCUCUACCUGUCUCUCCUGGACCUGCUCCAACCUACGUCUCUACCUGUCUCUCCUGGACCUGCUCCAACCUACGUCUCUACCUGUCUCUCCUGGACCUGCUCCAACCUACGUCUCUACCUGUCUCUCCUGGACCUGCUCCAACCUACGUCUCUACCUGUCUCUCCUGGACCUGCUCCAACCUACGUCUCUACCUGUCUCUUUGACCUGCUCCAACCUACGUCUCUACCUGUCUCUCCUGGACCUGCUCCAACCUACGUCUCUACCUGUCUCUCCUGGACCUGCUCCAACCUACGUCUCUACCUGUCUCUCCUGGACCUGCUCCAACCUACGUCUCUACCUGUCUCUCCUGGACCUGCUCCAACCUACGUCUCUACCUGUCUCUUUGACCUGCUCCAACCUACGUCUCUACCUGUCUCCUUGACCUGCUCCAACCUACGUCUCUACCUGUCUCUCCUGGUCCUGCUCCAACCUACGUCUCUACCUGUCUCUCCUGGUCCUGCUCCAACAUACGUCUCUACCUGUCUCUAUUCUGUCUCUGUUAUGUCUCACUUCAGUCUCUCUGUCUCUCUGUUAUGUCUCACCUCAGUCUCUCUCUGUUAUUUCUCACCUCAGUCUCUCUGUCUCUGUAGCACAAUGCCCCGUUAGAGAUAAUGGCACCAACUUCUGAUCCUGAGAAAUCCUCUCUGUCUCUCUCUCUCUGUCUCGGUGUGUGUGGACUGUGUAAGUAGUGAUAGAUAAAUGCUAUGGAUCAGCUGCUCAGCACAAGGCUGCAUUAUGGUGAUUCACACAGUGAUGUCUCUUACACUGCUCUCUCUCUCUCUCUCUCUCUCUCUCUCUCUCUCUCUCUCUCUCUCUCUCUCUCUCUCUCUCUCUCUCUCUCAGCUGUGCCAGAUCAACCUCGAAGGGAAGACAUUCUACUCUAAGAAGGAUAAGCCUCUGUGUAAAGACCAUGCCUUUGCUCCCGUCUGAGAGAGAGAGAGAGAGGUGGUUCAGAGGGGACAGGAACCCACCCCGUUCUCUAGACCCUUCAGACCCCUGUACUCAGCAACACACGGCGCCAGAUACUCUCCUCUCCACUGCAAACCACACGGCGCCAGAUACUCUCCUCUCCACUGCAAACCACACGGCGCCAGAUACUCUCCACUCCACUGCAAACCAGACGGCGCCAGAUACUCUCCACUCCACUGCAAACCAGACGGCGCCAGAUACUCUCCACUCCACUGCAAACCAGACGGCGCCAGAUACUCUCCACUCCACUGCAAACCAGACGGCGCCAGAUACUCUCCACUCCACUGCAAACCAGACGGCGCCAGCGUCAGUGUUCAGAUCCUCACUAUCGCUCAAGAUGUACUUCAUCGCUCAACUUCUAUCCCUCAACUUUUCAAAUGCGUCCUGUGCUGGCUCUCUCUACCGCGUUCAGCCAUACUCACUUGUCUCUUAGUCUAAGAUCUAA